AUGGUAGGAGGUGCGUGUCGCUUUGCCGCGCAUGCUCAGUGGGUCGGAGCGGGCGAGGGCGAAUUUGGCGGUUUAAGGGAGAGCUCAGGUAAAUAUUUGGGCGCCUGGGUCCGGCUCCAAGGGACCUGCCUGGCUCUUCCUUCUACAGAAGCAGAACAACAGGGCUUACUCACUGGGAGUCCUUACUUCAGACUCGCUUUAUUGCGAUUCCUGAAACAGAAGUUGGCGACAAACCCCUUCUCCCCCCCCAAAAAUAUAUAUAUAACGUGGCGGGCAGGUGUGCUGCUUAUUACCGCUGUGGUCGAUAUUUAGUGCCCGUUAGGAGCGACUUUCAAGUGUUAGCUGCUUCUUUGCAGAUGGUCUGAUCGUUAAAAUCGACAUCUAUGCCACAAAUACCUGGCUACAAAUUAGUGGGGAUGAUCUCACAUUUAUUUUUAUUUUUUUACCAUGGCCCAGACCACUGUCAUUUUGGGCUUCAGGUGGACGACUGGGCUGCAGUAUUUACUUCAGUUACUAUUAUUAUUAUUACUGCUGCUGCUGAAACAGUAUGCUAUAACGUGAGAAUCAGUUUGUCGCUUCAUGUUUCCCUUAACAGACCUGCCCACCUCGCAAUCCUGGAAGUUGCAAGACACAGAGACAGAAGUUAAAAUGCCUGUUUUCAAACAUCCAGAAUAUCCAGAAGCGACGUUACUUCGCUUGGAAAGCUUGGUGCUUUUUCGGGACUCUCAAGUGUCCACCUUGUUAUCAAUCUUCGGAGAGGUAGCACUUUCUAAUUUUCUUUUUCUAAUUGCCCUUUAAGAUACUUGGCCUUAUUUUUUUUAUUCAAAGUCUGCUUUUCAGGCAAGAUACUUCUUACUGGACAGGAAAACAGUGUUUUGUUUUUGUUUUUUGCUCCUGACAGGUAGUAAAGCUGAAGUGGAUAUACCACAGUUGGCCCAGGAAGGCCUGGGUUCAAAUUUUACUUUAACUGAAGGUCUCUGUGACCUUUAGCAAGUCUUUACUAUUACCUUAGCAUGUCCUUUAGGAGUUCUUUGAACUCAGAGAUACAUACCUGAGUUAACCACAUGUGUUUUUUCAUAACACAAAGGAUUAACUCAUGCACGUCUCUCUUAAGUGCAAAGAAAUGCAGUUAUGGUUGUUUUUAAUGUAUCAGUUUUGUAUUGCUGCUUUUCUUCCCCUGGCUACCAGUAGGAGUUUACAAGAAAAUGUAGACUAGUCAGGCCUUUUUUUUCCUUUUUUUUAAAGGUUGCCAUACAAAACUCAGUCGUGAUUCUGUUAAAUUCUAAUGUACAAACAAGGCCUUCUUUUGACAUUUAUUUAUCUGAAUAGGUAAUUAGGGAAUAAUGCGUACUAUUUAUGUUGCGCUGUUCCUUAAGUACUCCACAUACAGUAUCUCUGUAUCCCCAGCUGUGUUUGUGGAGACUUUGUGGUAUCUCGAUGGUUACCAGGAAUUCCUUAAUUUGAAAAAAAGUUAUCAGUGGACCAAGAUUUCCUGAAAAGCAGUGGGACCUUGGUUUUCGAACGUAAUCUGUUCUGGAAGACUGUUCGAGUUCUGAAACGUUUGAAAACAAAAAACUCAAUACAGAAGCCUCAGAAUGGAAAAAACAAUACUGAAAGCUCAAAACGUGGCAUGUACGACUUCCAAAAAGUGUUCAAAAACUGAAGCAUUUACUUCCAGGUUUACGACGUUUGAAAAUCAAAACGUUUGUCAAUGGAGACAUUUGAAAACUGAAGUUCCACUGCACUGACCUUUUUCCUGUGCUGUAGGUAUAGGGUACUAUGCUGUGUUCGUUCUAGGAUGCCUUCUCAGUUCAGAUUAGAAAUGGUAAAGCCCAGUGUGCCUGACCACUACUCCACAUCACCUGUGGUGUUAGAACACGUUCCAGGUUUUUUUACAGUGUAUGGGACUUCCGUGAAAUGCAUGCUUUCCUUGGCAAGCAAAUUGUUAUACAAAGAGCUAUCUUCAUGUAGUGCUUUCUAACUUACUUGCAGAAUGUUAAUAUCCUUAUAAAGCUAUGCUAAGUAGGGCAACAUUAUCCUCGUAUUUCAAAUGGGGCAUACUGCCAAAAAGAUAGUGGCCUAUGUAUGGAUUCAUGAUAGGUGAGAUAUGAAGUGGGGAAUUCUUGGCUCACAGCUCAUUCUUUAUGCAAAAGGUCUUUUUUAAACACAAACAUUCUUUGGCUUAUGUUAAUAACGGGAAGAGCAUCGCUUCAAGCAGAAACUGUGAGGGUAAUACUCUGCUAUUCCCCUCUCCUGUCUUAUAUAAGCAGCAACUCCUGCAUUGAUUAAUAUGGGCUGUGGCAUAGUUGAAGUUGUUACCUUUAUCUGUAAUUAAAUAUAAUAUCCCUACAAGCCGUUAAGGAGAAUAAUGUGUCAUUUGGUUCACGGUAUGGAAAUUGAUGUCGGCAGUCUGCUGCGGCAUUUAAUUUUGCCUGACAGUCUUCUGAAGCUUGCUGUACUGAUGUAUUCAGCAUGAGUGCUAGACGUGCAGAUUGUUUUUAAAUGAAAGGUUACAUUUUUCAACCAUGGAGAUGAUUUUGAUUAUCUCAGUAAUUUCCAGGGAUUCUCCUAGUAAUCCCUGAAGAAUGAAUUUUUCAACCCUGCCUUCAGGAAACAUUGCAACACUUGUUGGUCUACCCAGGCAUUUAGCUUGAACUUAGUUAACUGAAAGACGUGGAUGUAAUAGUUAUUCAAAUGGUGUUCAUUCCAGAAACGUUUUUAUCGGUUUAUACUCUUUCUUUAACCAGUUUAUCUUUAAAAUUAUCACUGUGUACAAUAUACGUGUGUCUGAACAGUUGUUACAGGAACAUGGCUACAGGUAGAAUUGUAUCUUCAAAAUAGAUUUCCGCCCUGUUUUUCUUUUGCUUCAUUCCCAAGCAGUAGUAAUGAUUUGUGUGUGCUGUUGCUUUUUCCUUGUUGAGUGUUUAUAUUGCCCUCAACAAUUAAAAUAACUUUUGAUGUGUUGAAAAUUGCCAAUAUGCAGUUAUUUGCUUUAAAUAGUUAGUGUUGCAGAGAAUGAAUGAUACCUUACUGAAACAGAACCUUUGACAAGGUGGCAGGAGGUCACAUGUUUAUGUUGGGUGGUUUUUGUUGUGGGUGAACAGCUGUAUUUUUGCUUCAUUUUAAUCAAUUUUGUUCUGUAGGGCUUUGUAAAUCGUUUCAAGACCCCUUCUGUGUGAAGUGAUACAUAAUUUGAUUGAAUUUGAAAUUUCAUUGUUUAAAAAACUACUCAUUGUGGGGCCAGUGUACACAAUAUCAGAUUUAGCAAAUCUGUAUGUGUGGUGGGACAGUAGCCACUCAUCAUCCUGUCUCCUCCUUGGGUGUGCACAGCAAUGAAUGGACGUACAUGCAUACAUCUGUACAUGUGAUACCCUGGAAUUUUGCAGUCAGCUUUUUUUACAUGGAAGGAUUGGAAGAAUUUAGUACAGAUGUGCAUAUACAUCACUAAAUAAGUUUUUUUGUAUGAGAAGUUUGUUCAGACCAGCUGCCCUACCAUAGGUAAAGUGUUUAUUGAUUAAAGAUUGGAUGAACAAUGAAACUAUGAAUUCCAAUGAGGGUUUCAGAUUGAUUCAUUUGGAAUCGCCCUUCUUCCUCUUGUUACCAUCAUAAAUCGCUUGUCAGCAUGUAAGUUUAUGAACCUGUACAAUUAUCAUUUUGCUGUAUUUGCAGUACAUCAUGCAGUACAUCUAAGACUUUCUCAGUCUCAGAUGGCUCAGUGCAGUAGCUUAUGGACUGGAAAAGCAACCCAGAACAAUUUCCAGAAAAUAUUUAAAAAUGGUUAAGAAGAAAGAACUUGACUUAAUAAUCAAUGGUUUGGAUAUGCAACUCUUUCUGUAACUUGAAAAAAAAGUAAGCAAGUUUCUUGCUAAGAAGAGGGAGCGAGAGAGAGAGAUUAUGCAGUUAAGUGCCAGGACCUCAGAAUUGCAAAUCAUUGGCUUAUUUUCUCUUUGAAGGUAUUUAACCACAUACUGAAAAAGCAUUCUCUAUUUAGUUCUGGUGUCUCCAAUUUUGCAGAGCAUGCAAGCACAGUUGGAGUUCUGCAAAAUUGUAUAGGCUGCCAUGGUGGGGGCAGGCCCAUUCACAAAACAGCCACUGUGGUGGGCAUAGCUGGUCACUAGUGAGGCUAAAAGACAAGUAACUCACCUAGGAACUCCAGAUCACAAAGCCAUUUCUUAGAAACCAUGUUAACAGGAAGAUCACCCCAAAACUGUUUCACUCAGCCCAGUCCCUUCACUGCAUAUAUUGAAAAAAACCACCCAUCCCUUUCAGUAAGCACAAGCACACAAAACAUCUGCACACAGACUCUCUGCUUUAUCAAUCCCCUCAUAGCCCUGGCGCCCUUCCCAGCACCCAAGCAGUUGCCCUCCCAGCACUUGGGUUCAGAAGUUGUCUCCUAACUAGUACGUUUACCUGCUUGUGUGAAGCGAGUGAUUGGGCUGCAUGCACCAUUACGUAGCUUGCGCACAGUAUGGCUAAUUCAGCCAAGGUUCUUGACUUACUGUUAAUGUGUGAACAUGGCCUAUGACUCAACAAGUUUAUUGUAUUUGUUUCUUGCCUUUAGCUGCAAUUGGCUUUCGAAACAGCUUACAAUUACAAACUGUCACAAUGAUGUUUUUGAAAAGCUAUCCGUAUGCUCCAUAUUAAAGCCUUUCUGUCAUGGAGCCUUGGGUACUGUUACCAAACAGGCCAGUCUCUUGACUUGUAAUGUCUUGGGAGUUUCAGUGCUGGGCUUCAUUCUUUUGAACCGAACUUCCUUGUAUUUUGAUGGAUUAUAAAAUCAAAGGGAUAAGCUGUCCUGGUGGAUCUUAGUUGCUGCAUUUUUAGCAAACCCUUCAUUCUUCAACUUUUCAUCUAGCCAAAAACUUGAUGAGUCAAAGUUCUGUACAUCUUUUGAUUGAAGAAAGGCCAGUGUGCUUUAAAAGAAAAGAAAUAAAACAAACACUAAAUAUAUAUAUAUAUAAUUUUUGUCCAGCGUCAGCAUCUGAGCUUCCCAUCCCUUUUUAUCUAUGGACACACAUCCAGUGGGAAGACUUAUGUGAUGCAGACUCUUCUGAAAACCUUAGAGGUAAGAAUAAUAAUGGAUUCAAACUGUAUAUUGGGAAAUGCUUUCAAGUUUUGUUUUAAAAAAUCCUCUGAAACCAUCAGUUUGUUCAUCUUUCCUGUUUCCUCAAGAAAACCAUUCUUGACUGUCCCCAGAUAACUUGAUACAUCGGGCCUAGGCUUAUGCAGCAAUGAAUACAAGGAAGCAAAGCUCUGUUUGCCCCUACAAAUCAGCUGUAACUUAGUGCUGUUGUAUUUCUAUAUUUGCCCUGCCUCUGGCAGUGUCAGGUACUGGCUAUAGUGACAGUACAUGUCCAACCCUAUCAUUAGGCAUACCUGAAGGUGGUAAUUUAUUUUGUCUGUCAUGAAAGGGCAGCAGAUGGUUAGUUAUUUAAUUUAUUAUUGUUGUAUUUCUACUGGCAGGAAGUAGGAGAGGCCCUUGUGAGCUUUUCUGCCUUAGGUGCCAAAAUAACUUGAUUGACUUUGAGUGGCCUUGGGAGGGGAGAGUCAAAUGCUACUGUGCCUCAGGCAUCAAUAUGUCUUGUGCUGGCCCUGUUGAUGAUCCAUGUGGGGUUGAGGUGACAUGAAUGAUAAGACAAGGGCUAACUCUUCAGAACAAGAGUGAACUAAGAAAAAAACUUACUGGUUUCAGCUUCAUGCUGUGCUUAAACCAUAUCUUAACAAUCCGUAUUAAGUACUUGUAAUGUUUCGGAUGGGUCAUAUUGUGCGUUUUAACAUCUCUCAACUUGCCCUGUGAUGCUCUAUGGUCCUCAUUUGGGGGCCUAUCAGAUAAUGUUGCUGCUGCUUUUGUGCCAUGUUCUCCUUAACUUUCUCUAACCUUGUUUACAGCUAGAGGGAGUGGUAGUGAAUUUGUGGUUGACAUUGUAUAAUACUGGUUAUGAAUGGGAUCCAUUCCGUAGGCCCGGCCGUAUCCCAAAAGCUUCGUAACCGGAGGUGCCCUUCUUGCGCAUGCGCGGGGUGCAAUUGAGCAUGCGCAGAGUGCUUUUGCACAUGCGCGCACGGCGAAACCCAGAAGUAUACACAUCCAGGUUUGCUGCAUUCGCAACCCGAAAGUUACGUUACCCGAAGGUAACAUAACCCGAGGGUCCACUGUAGUUGUUUAUUGGAUUCACUUUCAUGAACUUCCCACUGUGUGUAGAAUACAUUGAAAUGGCAACAAAUGUCACAAUUAUUUCGUCUUCAUACAUGAAGUCCAAUCAUUCAAUAUUUAGUACUGAAAUACUUGCAUGUUUGUUAGCAAGCAAUCCUCAUUGAGAAGUAAUUAUGUCAAGAAAUGUGAAUGAAUCUCUCAGGUUGUUGGUUUUUUCUUUUUUUAAAAAAGCGAAACAAAAAAAAAACCUGCUGGUGGUAUUUUCUGCAAAUUCUUGUAACAGCAUUAAUGCGAUUUUCUUUCUCCUUAGCUGCCUCAUGCGUUUGUGAACUGUGUUGAAUGUUUCACUUCAAGACUACUUCUAGAAGAAAUUUUGAGACAGUUACAAAGCCUUUCCUCUAAGGAAGAAUAUCCUCUUCCAUUCUGUGAUACGUUCAACGAUUUCAUACGUUUAUUUAAGCAGGCAACUAUGACACCUGAUCUGCAGAAACAAACUUUGUAUGUGGUAAGUUUGAAAGGUCACUUGGGUUUAGGGCUGGGUGAUAUCUGCUUUCCAACAUUGUAAUACACCGCCAGCAAUAUGAUGGUGUUUUACAAUUUCGUAAAGGAGGUGGGGAGGAGGAAGAAGGCAGUUGCUAAGGCGACUGAAGCAGGCCCGUCUCCUUGGCAGGGGCAGGUGGGCUUUCUCUUCCUCCCGUAAGUUCUUUAAACUUCUUGUAGAAAUUUUAAGAAAACCCAUCUAUGCCUGAUGUUUUAUUGGUUUUCAGGGUUUUUUAUAGCUAGCUUGAGAUCAUCUUCAGUAAUUUUAGAAUUUAGGAAGAUUGUUCUUUAGAUAGAGCAGACAAGUUCAACUACUUUUUAAAGUGUUUUCUAUACAUUGCCACCAUCCAUUUAGGAAGUUUCUUCACAACUUAAACAAAACCCAACUGCUUUAUGAGUUCAGUAGCAGCUUUCAAGACUGUUGAAGCUUCUGUUGGCAAUGGAAAUUAAAUAGAUUUCCCAUUCUUACCUUAAUGUUUUGUGUUAGACCCAGAGGUUGUCUUCCUUUGGCACUGGAAGGGAAAAUUUUCAUCCAACCAAAACUUUUCCUGCACUGUCUUGCUUGUUAAGGAACAUCCCACAUAUUGCAGGAGUCAUGCUCUAGGUCAGCACUGGGCUGAAUUCAGGAUUGUGGAAUCCAUUUUGUUUGUUGAGCAACUGGGAGUCAGAAAUUCUUGCUGGUCAGCUUCAUUGCAUCCAGAGAUCCAACUUCUGCUCACUCUAGCUCUAAGGUGCCCAUUCAUGUAGGACACUGUUCUGGCCAGUUUGACCUCUCCAUUGCCUAACGUGAACUAAGAAUACAACCUAGAACACAUCCAAAACUUUACUGCAGCUGUAUAUUAGAAUGGAAGUGGUGGUGCCUUUUAGAAACGUUUGUCCACCAUUGUGAUCUUCUGAUUGAGCAAUCUCAUAUUUACUUCCAAGGAAUCAUAAGGCUCUCCGUGGCAGCUUUUUAAACUCCCUGAUUUAAUAAUUGAUUAUGUAAAGGUGAAUGAGGAUACUAGAACAUACCAAUGUUUAUUUUAGCCAAGUGUGGGAAGGGGAACAAACAUUAUCAACUCAGACAACCAACUAACUGUUACUGAAGGGUUUGUACUAUAACGCUAUUAAGUGGGGCAGCUAAUGUAAAUGGGAAGGUUUGGGUAGGCUAGCAUAAAGUUUGUGGUUUGGGGAGGGGAAUUAGCUCCUUUGAAUAACAGGCUGUUAAUUUUAUGAAUCUUAUAGUCUAGGGGCAAGAUGAAAAUCUGGGGUUUUUGUUGUAAAAGCUUUAAGCGCACUUGAAUAAAUAAUGUAGUGUGUACGUAUAACUAGAGCAAUGAAAAAUUAAUUGGGCAACAUAAUUCUACAUAGUCUGUGAAGAGUAGAUGGAGGAGAAAGGAAAUGUGGAUGAAAGAUUAUUGUACUACUUUGUAUGAAAAAUAGUUAAUGCAGAAACACUCGUUAAUGGAUACACAGUGGGAAUAGAUGAAUUCCUUUCAAGAGAAAGAUCUCAUUCUGAACCUCUGAGGAAAACUGAGAAAGUAAUAUCACACUGAAAAUUUUAUGUUAAUUUUGAGCAACUUGUAACUUCACCGCCACCCUACCCCACAUUCCCUCCUGUGGUGUUCUAUUCAGCAAGCUACUAGUACACUGUCCAUCCUGGAGUCUAAUAAAAAUCUGUGAAUACGUUUUGAAACACGUUCAGAUACCUAUUAAACAUUGGCUAUUAUAAUGGUGGAUUAACUCCUGACUUUUGUAAUUAUACUAUGGCUUUACGGUCAUGUUUUGUGCCCUUAUGGCUGCAAACUUAUGUAUGCUUAUGUGGGUAUGAGCCCCCUGAUUUCUGUCACACUGAUCUCCAGUGAAAAUAAUAUUGGACUUCGUAGCUUAGCGACAGAAUACAUAUUUUGCAUAGAGAAGUUCUUAGAUUCAAUCCUGGGUAGCUCCAGUUAAAAGGACCACAACUGAUACAAAAGAUCUCUGCCUGAUAUCCUGGAGAGUCACUUCUGGCCAGAGCAGACAGUAUUAGGCUAGGGAGAAAAUUGGUCUGACCUGGUAUAAGGCAGUUUCCUUUGUUCCUAAGGCUCUGUUCAGGCCUAUGGUUGAUCUCUGGUUUUGGGAGUGGGCUGCGGGAUUGUAUACACUCUACCCCUCCUGUUGUGCUUUCCUUCUGAUCCUCUUCCGUGGUUUAUGUGAAUGUCUUCAAAGGAGGUUAAAGUUGACCUGGCUUUGCUCCUAUACUGUGAGAAUGUGCUUAUCAGGGAAGAGGAUAUGUGCAUGAUCCUGCAGUCCUGCUUUGAUAUUUAAACCCAGGUUUUGUAGCUCUAAACUGGUUGUAAGGGAGAUGGUUGGCUAAUGCACAUAAGGGAGGUAUUCUUCGUGGCUGCCCUGCUUCUUGCCAUUACAGGCUCACCAAAGUCCCAAACCCGAGUGCUUUUCCCAAAAAAAUUUGAGACAGGUGUUUGCCCUGGCGUUUGGCUGAAGGCUAAGAUGAAAAAGGCUGUGUGCAUUAAGUUGAAGACUGGCUCACGUUAAGAGCAAUCCUAUUGUGACUGGCUGAGAAGAGCUCGCAUGUAAAGCUGGUGCCACCUUCUGGAAGCUGCACACAUGGCUCCAAUGAGUUGCCCAAUUGCAGGAGUGCAUAGAUUGCCGUGGCCAUGUUCACACUCUGUACGUUAGGUGGCAAAUUUCACGAUCAGGACUGCCUGAUGGCCGCUCCACACUACUCGUGUGGGACACUUACGAGGUGGCACCUAUAAAUAUGAAUUAGCCUGUAGUUAGUUCUGGCCAUUUUCCAAAGAACCAUGGACCUUCAAGGGAGUUUUUCAACAAUAGUUUCUCAAGCCAGAAGCACCAUAUUCCACAUGGUAAAUUACUGUUGAAACUGAGGCAUGUUUCUACGGCUGUUUGUGAUAUGGCAGGCAAGUCUGCUGUUUAAAUAAACAGCCAAAAAAGUUAGUGAGUGCGCCCAACAUCUUUGGCUCACUUAAUUUCUUUGAAUUCAGAGGUAGUGAAUUUGACAUUGUGUUUUCUGACUGUCUCUUGGGUGUAUGUUAUCAAAAAUAAUGCUGGUAGUAGCGACAAGGUGAGUGGAUGGUAGAAUGUAAAGUAAUUCCUUAUUUUCAAGGGAGACUUCCCCUUUACUGCUUCCUGGUGCAAAAAUCCCAUACUGCUGCUGAAAAUAAGCACCAGGUGGGCGUGGCCAAUUGUAUGGGUUCUUCACACCCAAUCAUUGCCCAGCAGAGAAGGACCCAUGUCAUCUUGUUCGGUAUUCAGACAGUUGCUAUUGGUGGAAGAGAUCUUCCUACAUUGAAGACUCCCACCCUUCUAGCGUAAGAAUUAGUGCCAAGUGGGAAGUCAAGGAAAUGCUUACUUAAAUGUACAGUAUAUGCAUUUAAACAAAGUACAUCAAAUGACCUCCUCCAUUUUCUUCAGGAAAAAUGAGCAUUUGUUGUUGUUUAGUCGUUUAGUUGUGUCUGACUCUUCGUGACCCCCUGGACGAGAGCACGCCAGGCACUCCUGUCUUCCACUGCCUCCCGUGGUUUGGUCAAACUCAUGCUGGUAGCUUCCAGAACACUAUCCAACCAUCCGUCCUCUGUCGUCCCCUUCUCCUUGUGCCCUCCAUCUUUCCCAACAUCAGGGUCUUUUCCAGGGAGUCUUCUCUUCUCAUGAGGUGGCCAAAGUAUUGGAGCCUCAGCUUCAGGAUCUGUCCUUCCAGUGAGCCCUCAGGGCUGAUUUCCUUCAGAAUGGAUAGGUUUGAUCUUCUUGCAGUCCAUAUGACUCUCAAGAGUCUCCUCCAGCACCAUAAAAUGAGCAUAAAAUUUAUGCUCAUAAAAUGAGCAUAUUUAAGUGCUAAAAAUGUGGUGUGAGAUUCUGAAAGAUUACUGCUGUCAGAUGAGCAUGUUACAGCGGGGCAACCCUUGACUUAACUGGUUUUAGAACCAAUUUUUGGGAAUUAAUAAUGUUGCUUAUCGUAAUAUUUGAAAUUACUUGAAAAUAGAUAAUAAAAUACUAGGGCAGGACAUUAAAUAUUGCAGAAUGAUCAAUUUUAUUGGGUAAGAUGUUGGUAAAUCAGAACAAUUAAGUGUUAAAUUAGAGCAUUUCAUUCUGCUGUGCAUGAAAAUAGACAAGAGUGGGGGAGAAAUCAAUUUAUGUGAAUUAACCUGUGUCUUUGGAUUUAUUAUGGGGCGGUUUAAAUGGAGAUUGAUGGAAGAACUUGCGUUCUGGUAGCACAAGCUGGCAAAACUAAUCUAUGCUAUUUCGUUUCAUUCGUAAAUAGCCUAAGAUAUUUCAGCCUCAAUUAAUUCAGUGAAAAUUAAGAUAAAUGGAUGGUCUCUUCAGUGGCUUCUAAAUGCUUCUCUUAAUCCAAGAACAGGUACUGAACAAUCAUGAUUAAUCAUGAGGCUCAAAAUGAUUCAUUUUCCCCGGUGAAGGAUGGUGCCAAUAAAACUUUGUGUUUAUACCUGCGUUGAGAACAAUGUGUCCUUCGUGUUUCUUCUCUCCUGUGUUUGGAAUUGCAAUUCAUCAGUCUAGUUAUCUUUAACACAUAAGAGCUGGUGUAGCAUAUCAGUUAAUGUGACCUUUUCCCUGUUGAAUCCACCAGGUGGGCUUAGCCAAGCCAUAACACACACACACACACCGCCCCCAAUCUCAGUAUGGCAGUCAUAGAAAGAGCAGGAAUAUAGGAAGCUGCUCUCUAUUGUCUAUACUAGAGACAAAGCUGCUCUCCAAGGUUUCAACCAGAGAACAUUCCCAGUCCUACCUGGAGCUGCCAGGGAUUGAACCUGGGACGUUUUGCAUGCUAUUCCUUGACAGCGUUGUUAAAAGGAUUACUUAGAUGGCGUACGUAAAGUUCUGUAUAAAGUGUUUGCCAAUAUCUUUAAGGCCCACCUAGAGUUUUUAUUGUAAUCAUUUGGUAUAUGCAUUUUGUUGCAGAGAAAUAAAUGAAUGCAUAAUUUGUUUAGGUGGCCCAUCGAGUACAAACAUCCCUUAAUAGCCCUCCAAAUAAUUUUCUGCCACUACCUAUUAAUGUAUAGAGAGCCUUUUGUAAACUUGUCUCUGUGAUUAAAAUGCACUGUGUGGAGUGAAAUCUCCUAAUGUAGUCUUCCUCAGGUCACCCUCCUUAAUUGUAGAACUCUGUAAAUAUAUUUAUUUGUGGAAAAUAAUAUCUAGUACUAUUGGUAAUUUGAUAGGAACACAUAGUUUUAGCAUAACAAUUCUCUUUAACAGUUUAAUUCUCCCUGAUUAUUCUUAGUCUGUUUAGCUUUCAGCUCCUCUAACUCUGUCCUACUCCCUAACUAUCCUUUUCAGCUGACCUCUGUCACUCUUAAUUCUACCCCACCACAUUCAGUCCCACUCUCCUGCUGUCUAUUCAUCCACCAUUGCGUUUUCCUCUUUGGAUUAGGAUCCCAUGUUCAUAUAUAAAGUGAUAACCAACAUUAAUCCUACUCAGAGUAGCCUCACUAGAAAUCAGUGGACUUAAGUAAUUCAAACGUUUUAAAUUGCUUAUGAGUUACUUUUGUGUAAUAAAAUGUCUCUUUGGUUUUAAAGGUUUUGGAUAAAGCAGAGCAGCUGAGGGAACUAGAAACAAACCUCUUGCCAGGUUUCCUUAGACUACAAGAACUGGUAAGUAAAUUGACCAAGGAAUCCUUAUUGAGCGACUUCACUUUAGCGGUUCUUAUAAAACAAAUUUCCAGUAUGUACUAUGUAGGUUCAGUGAGCCAAUUUCUGCAGUGAAAUACGGUGAAUCCACUAUUCAGUGCAACUCUGGGGCAUUAAGAAAGAAAGAAGUACCAUCCCUCUUCCAGUUACAGGACACUGCUUUCUUGCUCACCUGGAGGCAUCCUUACCCACCACAGCUUGAAGAAACUAACUUUUUCUUUUGGAAUGGGUUUCUUCAUUCCCCAGCUGCAUUCUAUAAAACAGCUGGCUCCCACUUGUGCUAUGGGAGGAGCAAUACUGGAGCCUUCUGUUCAUUCACGGUAAACCAAUAACCAUUGUGAUGUGUACAGUGGUCCAGUGUUGGAGACAAGGGAAUCAUCAUUGUCCCCUUUCUACCUUGGAAUUAUGUUGUGUAAAGUAGAUGUUUCAUGUUGCUUGUUACAGCUUACCUUGCUUUUGUUUUCUGGGACAGGGAGGUUAACGAUAUGCUCCUAGAGCAUUUGAAAUGCUAGUUCAGGGUUGCUCUUCCUGCCAGUUUCCCGUGCAUGCAGGAACCUGAUAAACGGUACUGAUCAUUUUUUGUAGAUGUGCAUUAAUCUUGGUAGCACACUGGAAUGGAGAAUGCGCGUGUUGCUUGCUUUGGCACUUUCAUGUGUUUCUUUUGCAAUAAUCUGAUGAACUGUAACAAAUGUGACUGUAACAAAUGUGAGACUUCGACUGCAGGGAAGAAAUGUGUUUUGCUUUGGAUUGAUGCUGGCUUUUGCAGCAAUUCAAGUGGAUUAGAGAAGCAUAGUGCAUGAUUCUUAUAUCUUGCCAGUAGGUAGGAGCCAAGGAGUAUUGUGAAAAACAAACAAGACUCCUUAACUCUCCUACCAGGAGAAUAAUUAGAGAUCAACUUGUUGGAAAAUUCCUUUUUUUUUUUUAAAGAAUAUUUAUUCCAAUUUUAAAGUUACAAAUAAAAAAAAAAUAUAGAAAAAAAAACAAACCACAUACAUCUUACAAAAAACAGACAGUAAAAAAGAAAUAAAAAAGACAAAAAAUCACAGUAGAAAAUGACAAAAAUCAAAUUAGACCAUUACAACCAUCUUCCCAUUUACUUGUUUCCAUGACUUCCUCUCACCUCCCUCCUUUGUAUUCUAGUUUAAAUCGUAUCUCCAGCAAAUCCUUCUAACCUUCUUUUCUUUUACUUAUUUUAACAUUCGAAAGUAUUUAAUUCUGCUCUAUCCUCAUUUUACACUUCAUAUUUACUUAUUCCAUUAUACCCUGUCUGCCAAUACGGUCUAAUAUUCUUCUCCAACCUUUUCUAACAUUCUUUUAUAUUACAGUGUUUCUGAAGAUAUGUUUUAAAUUUUUUCCAGUCUUCUUCCAUCAACCCUUCUUCCUGAUCUCGAAUUCUGCCGGUCAUCUCAGCCAGUUCCAUAUAGUCCAUCACUUUCCUCUGCCAUUCUUCUUGGGUAGGCAAUUCUUGUGUCUUCCAGUAUUUCCCAAUAAGUAUUCUUGCCGCUGCUGUCGCAUACAUAAAAAAAUUCCUGUCUUCCCUUCGCACCAAUUGGCCGACCAUGCCCAAGAGGAAAGCCUCUGGUUUCUUCACAAAAGUGUAUUUCAAUACCUUUUUUAAUUCAUUAUAUAUCAUUUCCCAGAAGGCCUUGAUCUUUGGGCACGUCCACCAAAGGUGAAAAAAGGUUCCUUCAUUUUCUUUGCAUUUCCAACAUUUAUUAUCGGGCAAAUGAUAGAUUUUGGCUAGCUUGACUGGGGUUAAGUACCACCUAUAGAUCAUUUUCAUUAUAUUUUCUCUUAAUACAUUGCAAGCCGUAAACUUCAUACCUGUGGUCCAUAACCGUUCCCAGUCAGCAAACAUAAUAUUGUGCCCAACAUCUUGUGCCCAUUUAAUCAUAGCAGACUUAACCAUUUCAUCCUGUGUAUUCCAUUUCAACAGCAGAUUAUACAUUCUUGACAGAUUUUUAGUUUUAGGUUCUAACAAUUCCAUUUCCAGUUUAGAUUUUUCCUCCUGAAACCAAUCUUUUAUCUAGGUUAAAAACCUCCCUUAUUUGAUAGUAGUGAAGCCAAUCUCGAACUUUAGUUUUUAAUUUAUCAAAACUCUGCAAUUUUAAUUUAUCUCCAACUUGUUCUAAAAUUUCACAAUAUUUUGGCCAGUUUGUCUCCAUAUUAGUUUUUUUCAAUGCCUUUGCCUCCAUUGGUGACAGCCACCUUGGUGUUUUACUUUCCAACAAAUCCUUAUAUCUCACCCAAACAUUAAACAAUGCUUUCCUGACAAUAUGAUUCUUAAAGGCCUUAUGCGCUUUAACUUUGUCAUACCAUAAAUAUACAUGCCAUCCAAACACAUUAUCAAAACCUUCUAAAUCUAAAAUGUCCACAUUUUCAAGAAGUAGCCAAUCUUUCAGCCAACAAAAAGCGGCUGAUUCAUAGUAAAGUUUAAGGUCUGGCAGGGCAAAUCCCCCUCUUUCCUUCGCAUCUGUUAAUAUCUUAAAUUUUAUUCUAGGCUUUUUGCCCUGCCAGAUAAAUUUGGAAGUAUCUCUUUGCCACCUCUUGAAACAGUCCAUUUUGUCCACAAUUUGCAAUGUUUGAAACAAAAACAACAUUCUAGGCAAUACAUUCAUCUUUAUCGCGGCAAUUCGGCCCAACAAUGAUAACUUCAAUUUUGACCAUAUUUCUAAAUCCUUCUUCACUUCUGACCAACAUUUUGUUGAUUUAAAGCAGAGUCUUGUGCCCAGCGGAAGGAUGAGGAGUACGUGCUACAUACUCUAUAUUGCUUUAUUUACAGUUCAAAGCUGGUAUAUUACAGAAAGACAUCUUGCCUCUGCCGGAGCAGAGAAAUGCAUCCUCUCUCCUCGACAGCUUGGAGAGAAUCACUCAGUGAAAAACAGGAAACCAGUGUACGUCACAUCCAGCCUCCUUUCCCGUGAGAAACUCCAACAGUACAGACUGUGGAAUGUAAACACCUGUCUCGUGACAAGCAGAGCUGCACAGUGAAGGAAAGCAGAAACCAACAUCCUCCCCUUUCUGUGAACAUCACUGGGCAGCGUGUUUGUACAAUAUCAGUACAAACCCAACUUCUGCACAUAGGUACAGUGUUGAUCCCUCGAUACAAUCUUGGACAAUACAUCAGCAGGAAUUUCAUUACCUGGCAUAUAGGACACCGUUACGAGUCCCUUCUGAAUACAUUCCCUAGCAUGCUGCAACUUUAAUUGCAAGUGCUUUGUGCUUUGCUUACAACCUUCAGACUUCAGCAAAGCCAAACACGCUUUGUUGUCCUGGUAAACCUGGAUUGGACAUUUGACAGGAAUUUUCAUAUCUUUGCACAAUUGUACUAACCAUUCACAAUCCUUAAGUGAAUAAGACAGUGCAUUCAGUUCGGCUUCACAAGUACUUAAGCUAACUGUUGUUUGCUUCUUGCAUGACCAAUCAAACAGACUCUGAUUGUACAUGUAGCAAACUCCAGAUGUACUUUUCCUGUCUGUAGCGUCACUUCCAAAACUUGCAUCUGCAAAUAUCUCAAGACCACCAGACUUCUGAUUGUUAAAUCUCAGUCUGUAAUGCAUAGUGCCUUUCAAAUACCGCGCUAUGCGUUUCAGAGCUUCCAAUCCUUGACACUAGGAUUGUAGACUUGUCUGCUUAGCAAAUUACAGCUAACAGCAAUGUCUGGUCUUGAACAUCUGGCAAUGAAGUUUAGCUUGCCUAGCACACUCCUGUACAGUGUAGUGUCAGAAAAUGCUUCUUCAGUGUCAUCUACCUGAUAACCUGUUGUCAUCGGUGUGUCUACAGGGUUAGCAUCCAUCAGAUAUAGUUUGCUUAACACAUCAGCAAUUUUCCGUGACUGGUGUACUAGAAUGUUACCAUCUUGAUCUCUCUCUAUUUCCAGAGAUAGGUAGUUGUUUACCUCACCAAGAUCUUUCAUGUCAAAGUGCUCUUUCAGUUGAGCUAGGGCGUUAUUGUACAUUGCGACAUCUUUCCAAAAGAAUAAUAAAUCAUCAACAUAAAACAAACAGUACAGUUUCUUUUGCCCCUCCUCUUUGACAAAUACACAUGGAUCAGCUUUCCCUUGCUGAAAACCUAGAGAAAACAAUACUUCAGUGAGUUUUGUGUGCCAACACCGUGCACUUUGUUUGAGACCAUAAAGGGAUUUCUUCAGAGCACAAACAAAUCCCUGUUUUACCUGUACGCCAUCAGGUGGAAGCAUAUAAAGUGAUUCAUCUAGAGAUCCGUACAGAAAAGCUGUAUUAAUAUCAUGGUGACUAAUGUGUAGAUUUUCCUCUGCAGCUAGCUUGAGCAUAAGCCUAAUGCUUUCAUAUCUCACUGUGGGUGAAUAGGUCUCGUGAUAGUCUUCACCUGGUACCUGUGCAAAACCUCUGGCUACCAAUCUGGCUUUGUGUCUGACUAUCUUGCCAUUUUGAUCUGUCUUCGCUUUGAAGACCCAUUUGCUUCCAAGCAGUUUCAUUCCUGGAACUACUGGAACUAGCUCCCAUGUUUUGUUCCUUUCUAAGGAAUCAAGCUCAGCCUUCAUGGCAUUUAACCAUGGCUCAGCUUCCUUUGAAUCCAAACCCUGGAUUUCUUGGAAACUUGAAGGUUCAAAUACCUUCUUGGAGCUUUUAACAGCUGUUACUGCUAUCUUAGCAAACUCAUCAGCAAAUCUCUUUGGAGGUUUGCCUUUUGUGGCUCUCUGUGACCUACGAAUUAGCCUUAAGUCUUCAACACUCUCCUCUUCCUUCUUAGGAGAAAAACGACCUAUUGUGAACAAUGGUUCCUCCAAUUCUUGAUCAGAGCUUUCAGAGGGUCGCAUAGAGGCUUUCGCACUCUUGAAAUCCUCUGAAUCACCCGAUUCAGUUUCAGAUUCAGACUCAGAACCUUCAUCAGUGGGUGUGGGUUGUUGUGGUUGCUUUUGACUAUCCUCAGUCUCAUCACCGUCAUCAGGAUAACAUUGGAAAAUUCCCACAUUCUCCCCCACUUUGCAUUGUACUCAACACUUCUCGUGAGCUUAAUUGUCUUAGAGUCAGUCAUCAUUAUUCUGUAAGACCCUUUCUGAUAACCUAGAAAGAUACCAUGCAAUCCACGCUUGUCUAACUUGGAGUUUUGUGGUGAGCGAACCCACAUGUCAGAACCAAAAAUCUUCAUGUGUUUGAUGUAUGGCUUCUUGCCAAACAUCUUCUCAUAGGGGGUACAACCAAUCGCUGAAGAUAACCUGCGAUUGUAACUGUAAACAAAACACGAGAGAGAUUCGGCCCAAUAACUCUCUGGAAGAUUGGCAUCAUGCAGCAAGGUUUUUAACCCUUGAAGCAAUGUCUGAUUUGCCCGUUCCGCAAGUCCAUUCUGCCAUGGCGAGCGAGGACUAGACAAAUCGUGUUGAAUUCCUUUCUCAGUCAGAAAAGCUUCAAACUGCUGAGAAGUGAAUUCCCCCGCGAUCACUGAAAAGAGUCUUUAUCUUCUUACCAUGCACAUUUUCCAACCAAGCACAGAAUUCCUUGAACCUAGGAAAAGCCUCCGAUUUCUGCUUGAGAUUGUACACAAAAAUAUAUCUAGAAAAUGCAUCAAUGAGAACCAUGAAGUAUCUAUUUCCACCCAAAGAGGGCGCUAGUGGUCCAACCAAAUCAGCAUGAACAACCUGGUAUGGUUCUGUAGCUUGCCUACUAGACACCUUACCUUUCGCAGCCAUUUUCACCUUGUUUGCUGCGCAUGCUUUGCACUUCAUGUGGUACCUGCAGGGUUUAAUAGUCAUACCUUCAACCAAGGCAGGCAUUUUAGAUACUGCCUCAAAAUGCAAAUGACCAAAUUUUCGAUGAAAAUCGUGAAUACAUUCUGCAUGCAAACUUUUGUUAGAACCUGCAAUGCAACAAGUGUCAUCCUGCACCACAUCAUCAUAAUACAAAACAAACAAACGAUCAACAUAUUCUGCAUGCAAUACAUAAUCAUUUUUCUUUGUGAUGAUGCACUUCUUGUUCUUGAAGGAAACGUCAAUGUUCCGCUCAUUCAGCUGUCCAACGCUGAGCAGAUUAUGUUUGGCGUCUGGCACGUAAAGCACAUUCUGUAUCGAUAAGUCCAAACUGUGAAGAACAACAGUUCCGUAGCCUUUACUGGGAAUAGUGUGGUCAUCCGCCUGGUGAAUCGCACCUUCCUGCGGUGUAAAAGACACAAACAGUUUCUUAUCGUUGCACAUGUGGUGGGUGGCCGCUGAAUCAACAACGAAGAAAGAUCUAGACGUCUUCUGGACCUCUGCAACCUUUGGAGUGAAGCGUGAAACCAUAGCCUUGUGCUGCGUUGUCCUAGACACCGGACCUUUGCCUUUGCCUCGGCCUUUUCCGCGCGAUGAGCUUUCGCUGCGCUGCUCUGUCUUGGCCCUGGGAUGUCUGCAUUCCCUCUUCAUAUGGCCUAGACGUCCACACGAGUAGCAUUUCACUGCCUUCAAAGCUUUGGCGCCAUCUGGUGGUUCCACUGCACUAUGGGAUGACGUCUGUGAAGACUCCCUCUUGCCCAUGCAGCUAGCACCCCGGCGAUCUGCUUCAUUUAAAAUCACGGCAGUAACAAAGUCCACUGUCAGCUGAGCAGUUGGUUGCACAGCAAUCUGGGUUGCAACAGACUCCCAACCUGAACCCAAAGAUUGUAGUAUCAUGAAAGAAUACACAGCCUCUGGAAAGUUGAGUCCUCUCUGUUGCAGCUCAUGUCUCAGAUUUUGCAUCUCCAUCAGAUGUAAACGCACAUCUCCACCUUCAGCAAGAGCCAUAUUGUGCAGCUUGUUAAAGUAAAACAUAGUGGAUCCAGCUUCUGUCCUUAAGUGAGCCUCUCUCAAAGCGUCCCAAAUUUCUCUGGCUGAGGUCUUAUCACGCAAUAGACAGAGCUCUUCUGGGGAUACUAUCAAUGUAAGAGUUCCCUUGCUAUGGAAUCCUUAGCUUUCCAUGCAUCUGUAACUGGACCUGGGGGGGUUCCUGUACUCACCUCAAACAAACCCUCUUUCCGCAGAAUUGCCUCUGCAUACUGAACCCAGUCGCUGUAAUUUUUCUUGUUGAGCUUAGGAAUCCCACAAGCAUCCUGAAGGGCCAUCAUGACUCUGGCAUUAGCCUUCAGCGUCAUAUGCUGCUUUAAAUCUUGCUGCGUCACUGCUGCAGCUGCUUUAUUACAAAGCGCACUUAAAAGUUACUUUCGAUUUCCCCAGCAUAGUGACUUGUGCCUGGGAGCCUUUUGCCUAUUCCCGGCAAAACCGGCUUUAAAAGUUCAAAGUCCAGCCAUAAAGCCAUUAACUUGAAGCUGGCAGGCUGCCCGGAGCAGUAGCACAUACCUCAUCAAUCACCUCUACGCGCAGAGCAGAUUCCGUUCCGAUCUGUCCCUCUGCAUUCCGAUCCUUUGCCGGCACUCCGAUUCGACUUCUGGAGCCCAUAACCACGUGUUGAUUUAAAGCAGAGUCUUGUGCCCAGCGGAAGGAUGAGGAGUACGUGCUACAUACUCUAUAUUGCUUUAUUUACAGUUCAAAGCUGGUAUAUUACAGAAAGACAUCUUGCCUCUGCCGGAGCAGAGAAAUGCAUCCUCUCUCCUCGACAGCUUGGAGAGAAUCACUCAGUGAAAAACAGGAAACCAGUGUACGUCACAUCCAGCCUCCCUUUCCCGUGAGAAACUCCAACAGUACAGACUGUGGAAUGUAAACACCUGUCUCGUGACAAGCAGAGCUGCACAGUGAAGGAAAGCAGAAACCAACACAUUUUUCAUUACAGUGGUACCCCGCAAGACGAACGCCUCGCAAGACGGAAAACCCGCUAGACGAAAGGGUUUUCCGUUUUGGAGGCGCUUCGCAAAACGAAUUUCCCUAUGGGCUUGCUUCGCAAGACGACAGCCCAUAGGGAAAUCUCAGGGACAGCGGGAAGCGCAGCGCGUCUUCCCCACUGUCCUCGGACCUCCUCCGAAGCCUGGCGGCGGGGCGGGGACACCUCCUCCCGCCGCCGCCGGGCUCGGAAGGCUCCUCCGGCCGGGCGGGGGAGGGAACACCUGCCGCCGCCGCCCGGCUCGGAACGGUGCCCGGCCGGGCGGGGGGAGGGAACACCUGCCGCCGCCGCCCGGCUCGGAACGGUGCUCCGGCCGGGCGGGGGGAGGGAAGACCUCCCGCCUCUGCCCGGCUCGGAACGGUGCUCCGGCCGGGCGGUGGGGAGGGAAGACCUUCUGAAGGCGGGCGGGGGCGAAAGUCUUUGCUCCCCUGCCUGCCUGUCCCGGAGGGCUUUUGAAGGCGGGGAGCAAGACUUCGCCCCGCCCGCCUUCAGAAGAGGUCCAGGACCUCUUCUGAAGGCUGGCGGGGGCAAAGUCUUUGUCCCCCUGCCUGCCUUCCCAGGGGCUUUGAAUUGCCCCGGACAGCGGAGAAGUCCUCCGCUGUCCCGGGUGAUUUUAAAUGCCGCCCGCCAGCAUUUUAAGAUCGCCCGGACAGCGGAGAAGUCCUCCGCUGUCCCGGGUUUUAAAAUGCUGGGGGUGGGAAGAAAAGCCCUUGCUCCCCCAGCCUUCAGAAGAGGUCCGGGGACAGACUGUCCCCGGACCUGGUCUGAAGGCGGCUUCCUAGGAACGCAUUAAUUGAUUUUCAAUGCAUUCCUAUGGGAAACCGUGCAUCGCAAGACGAAAAACUCGCAAGACGAAGAGACUUGCGGAACGAAUUAAUUUCGUCUUGCGAGGCACCACUGUAUUGUCUUUAAACAGAUUCACAUUUUUUGCAGUCAUAUUCACCCCUAGAUAUUUCACUUUAUUAACUAUUGUUAAUCCUGUCUCUUUCUGAAACCUCUCCUUCUCAAUCUCUGUAAGGUUUUUCUCUAAUACCUUAGUUUUCGUCUUGUUUAAUUUAAAACCUGCUACUUGACCAAAUUCUUGGAUUAAUUGUAAUACUCUUUUUGUGCUAGCUUCUGGCUCCUGUAAUGUCAAAACUAAAUCAUCAGCGAAAGCUUUCAAUUUGUACUGUUUAGCUCCGAGUUGUAUACCUUUGACCAAUUGGUCUUUUCUAAUCAUAUUGAGCAAAACCUCCAGGACCGAUAUAAAAAGCAAUGGGGAGAUUGGGCAACCCUGUCUUGUUCCUUUCUCUAUCUUAAAUUCUUCUGUAACUACAUUGUUCACAAUAAGCUUAGCUUUUUGUUCCGAAUAAAUUGCACCUAUACCAUUUUCAAAACUUUGGCCUACCCCCAUCCCCUGCAAAUUUUUCUUCAUAAAACUCCAAGAAAUAUUGUCAAACGCUUUCUCUGCAUCUACAAAUAUUAAGACAGCUUUAGUAUUGAUAUUAACUUGCAAUUUUUCCAAAAUAUUAAUAAUAUUCCUAGUAUUAUCUGACAAAUGUCUCCCAGGGAGAAAGCCCAUCUGGUCUUUAUGAAUCUCUUUUACCAAUACAUUUUUUAAUCUUUUGGCCAUAAUUUCCGCAAAAAUUUUGUAAUCCACAUUAAGUAGGGAUAUGGGACGGUAGUUCUUCAACUGUGUCUUCUCCACUUCGGUUUUUGGUAUAAGUGUAAUGUAUGCUUCUUUCCACGACUCGGGUGCUUUUCCUCCCCGUAGUAUUUCAUUGCAAAGUUCUUUCAGCGGUUGCAAUAACCAUUCUUUCAAAAUUUUGUAGUACUUUGCAGUUAGUCCAUCCGGUCCUGGAGAUUUGCCCAAUUUCAUAUUCUGAAUGGCUCCUUCCACCUCUUGAUCAGAUAUUGUAGAAUUUAAUAUUGAUUUACUCUCUUGAGAUACUUUUUGUAAUCCAUUAUUUUUCAAAAAUCGAUCAAUGUCUAAUUCUUUCUGAGUCUCCUGCGUAUAUAACUGUUUAAAAUAGUUCUGAAAGCACUUCCGAAUCUCUCCAGGAUUCUGUAUGUUCUUCCCUUCUACUACCAAGUUCGUAAUCGUAUUCAGCUUUUGUCUUUUUUUCAUUUGCCAGGCCAAUAGUUUCCCACAUUUAUUUGCCGAUUCGAAAGUCUUUUGUUUCAUCUGUUUGACCUUCCAUUCUAUCUCCUGGUUCAUCAAUUUCAUAUAUUGUACUUGGUAUAGUUUUAUCUCUUUUAGAAUCUCCUGUGAGUUCGGUUUCGCCCUCAGUCUUUUUUCUCCAUCCUUAAUUUUCUCCAAGAUUUUUUCUCUCUUCUCAUUUUGAUGUCUUUUCCUAAUUGCGUUUUGUUGUAUCAAAAAUCCUCUCAUCACCGCUUUGCUGGCAUCCCAAAUCACUCUUUUUUCUGUCGUGGUAUUCAAAUUUAUCUCAAAAUAAUCUCUCAAAUUCUUCUGAGCCUUUUUAAUAAUUUCCUCAUUCCUAAAUAAGGUGUCAUUCAUCCUCCAUCUAAAAGCUCCAAUUGGCGUUGGUAUCAUUUCAAUCUUUACUGGGUUAUGAUCAGAGCAAAUUUUCGGGCAAAUCACCGCUUUUUAAUCUUAGGGGCCAGUCCUCUAGUUAUCCAGAUUUGGUCUAUUCUUGUCCAUGUCAUAUUUGCUUCAGAGAAGAAGGUUCCCUCUCUUUCCAAGGGGUUCUUUAUUCGCCAAAUAUCCACAAGAUCCAUAUUGUCAGUCAUUUCAAAAAUGUCCUUGGUAGUCUUCCAUCUUUUGUCACUGUUUGUCUUUGGGCUUUAUCCAUAUUUGUAGACACUACUCCAUUCAUAUCUCCCAUCAAAAUAAUGUUGUAAUCCAAAUAAUCCAGGAGAGUUUCAUGCAAUUUCUUAAAGAAUUCUGAUUUUCCCUCAUUUGGUGCAUAUACACCUAUUAUCAAAAAUUUCUGUCCUUGGAACUGAAUUUCAAUUGCUAUAUAUCUUCCUUGGUCAUCUUUAAAUAUAAAUUUUGGUGACAGGCUUUCCUUCGCAUAAAGUACUACCCCUCUUUUUUUUUACAUUGUCCGAUGAAAUGAAUUCUUGUCCCAGUCUUUUAUUUAUCAAAAUUUUUCGAUGUAGCCUUGUCACAUGAGUUUCUUGUAAGCAAAUCAAGUCCAAAUGUUCUUUUUUCAAUGUGUGAAAUACUCUCCCCCUUUUUGCCGACGAAUUUAGACCGUUAAUAUUCCAACUUAAAAUUUGUAGUGUCAUUUUGUAGUUACUCUCCUUCUCCUCCAACAGCCCCAAGAAGAUUGUCAAUAUCUGUCGGUGGCGUUGAUUUCACUUUUUUUUGCAGACUCUUAUCCGAUAUCGCAGUGUCUUUUCCCAGUCCUUUCUGUAGAUCUUCGUAUGCGCUCAAAAACUUGUUCUUUUCCUCCACUGAUCUAAUCUUGGUCUUUCUUCCUUUAAAACUAAAGGAUAGACCUUGGGGGAAUUCCCACCUGAAAAGGAUUUUAUUUUUUCUCAACAAGUCCACCAAAUCUCCAAAAUCCUUUCUUAAAUCAAGAAGAUGUUUUGGUAUAUCUUUAAAGAUUUCCACUUUUGAUUGUAUGAUUGUCAAGGGUUUUUCGUAAUGCAGGCCCAAAAUUUUGUCCCUUUCUUCUUUGGAUCGGAGGGUGAUCAGACAAUCCCUUAUUUUAAUCUUUCUUCCUCCUUUCCCCAGUCGAAAGGCCCUCACAAUCCUAAAGUCCUCUUGUUUCAAUUCCGAUUUCCAAAAAUCCAGAAAUUCUUGUGUCAAAAAGUCUAUCAGGGUGCCUUUCUCCAACUCAGGAACAGCUCUAAUUCUAAGAUUCGUUUGUUUGUCUUUAAGGUCAAUCAUAGACAACGUUAACUUAUGUUCUGCAAUCUCUUUCUGCAGGUCUGGUACCUUUUCAGUUUCCAAUUGCCCCAAUUUAAAUUCUACAGCAGCAGUCUUUUCCUGUAUAGACUUUGAGUCUUGCAGUAAUCUCUGAAUAGAUUCCGUGUUACUGUUUACUUUUUCUCCAAAUUGUCUAGUGUUUCUGUAUUUAAGUCAAUUUUCCUAUUUGCAAUGUCCACUUUCUGGUUCGUUUCUUCCACUUUCCUAUUCGUCUCCCCACCCUUGUACUUAAUUGUUGUAUCGAUUCAUUAAUCUUAGCCAGAGCACUGGCUAAAAUUUCCUCAGACAUUCCACCAGACUUAGAUUGUAUUGCCGAUGCAGGCAAACCAGCAGAUGAUUGCCUUCUGUGUACCCAGGGUUUCCCUGAUCUCAAGACUGACUGGUCUUUUUGACCAUCAGCCAUAACAAAGUGAAGGUCAAAUUCCUUUCCCACGUCUGGUGUUCCUGUUUACAAGUGGAAAAUUCCUUUCCUGUAGUUGCAGGGAGUCCCACUAGGUGGACACUGUUACCACCUAGCCAGUUACUGUCCUUUUAAAAUAGCAGGAGAGAGAAACUAAGUAAAAAGACAAAAAUAGAGAACACAAUGUAGCUUUCCAAUUCUUUCCAAUCUUUUCCCAACGAAAUUGGCCACAAUGUAUCUUCUUUGCAGCCAGCAAGCAGCUCUGACAGCUUUGACAGCUGAGACGUCCCACUGACAGAUCGCUCUUUAAAUCCUUAAAUUUAAGCAGUCCGGUAGAGUCAAGAGCCUUUCCCUUAUCCCUCCAAAGGGUAGAUUCCACCAAAGUUCUCAGGUCAGAAAGAAAACACUUAUUUCAGUUCAAUUUUCCCACGUUUAGCUCCAAAUCUCUGUGCUUUAUUCCACAUACAGUGCAGGGAAGCGGACUUCCUGUUUGCGCUUCCACCGCGGUAGCCAAUUCAGACGUUUUUUACAGCUUAAAACUUUUCCGCUUUUACGCAAAUAGUCCAAUUAAUCCAAUUAGUGCUCUUUUUAAUCCAAUUCCUCUACUCACGGUUAAAAUUUAAGUCCAAAUGUCCCAGGAAUAAGUCAGCGCUCUCCAGCAACGGCAACACGGCUUCGCUCAGUGAAAGCAGCGAUCCGCUCGCAGCACCGCGCUUCUCCCCCGCUCCCUUCUGAAGCCUCAAAAAAGGCUUCCUUUCGGGUUGGGGGGGCGCUCCAAGGUGCCCGCCGAGCCUCCACGUUCGCAGGCGUCCGCGCCUGCGAUUUCUAAGGGUCCCCGCUUCGCCGGAGCGCACAGGACCCGAUCUCCCGCUGAGCUACCCCCUCCGAAAAUCAAAGGAGGUCAGCCAUUGCUGCUGGCGCUAACCGGAAGUCCCUAACUUGUUGGAAAAUUCCUGGUGCUUCUCUUGGGAAGGAUGGCUACACAGCUAUCAUUUUUUGUGUGAUGGUGAACAAUAGUGAUGUGCAAAAGAAGCUUGGAAAGCUAAUUGAUCUUGAUUCAGAAACUGAUAUAUGUAGCAAGAUCAUAUUGUGUGCUAUGGAAGGUGAGAUUUGAAAGCAUAAACUGUUCUCUUAAUGGGAAAUGCUUUUGUUUUCAUGUGAUACUCAGCUGCUAGAUUAGGACAAGUGCCUUAAAAUCUUGGUAGGUAAGUUAAAAGGUAUUAAAAAGCCUUUGCCUCCCUCACUUUAUUAUAUGUCUGUAAAGCUCCUUGAGUAUCUUGUGAGGGAAGAGACAAAUUUUCUCUCCCUCCAAAUAAAUCAGGCCUGAAGGGCAAUUGGCACCUCUGAUUCCAUAGGUGAAAACACUUAUAAAUCUGCAUUUAUAGUUCCUGAAGCCGUAUGGAUUUGAUUUAAUUAUAGAAGCCUAGAUUCCUGGUCUUCUGGUUGUCAGUGGAGUUGCCCUUAGUGUAAACUGAUGCCUUCGAAUCCGUAUUGUUAGAAACUGUGUAGGGUAGUAAAUUCAAAGAAACUGAGGCUAGAAUCCUAUAUAUGUCUGCUCAGAAGUAGAGGGUUGGACUAGAUCAGUGGUGGCCAAACUUUGCCCUCCAGCUGUUUUUGGACUACAACUCCCAUCAUCCCUAGCUAACAGGACCAGUAGUCAGGGAUGAUGGGAAUUGUAGUCCCAAAACAGCUGGAGGGCCAAGUUUGGUUAACACUGGACUAGAUGGUCCUCAGGGUCACUUCCAACUCUAUGAUUCUAUGAUAAGGAAGUCUCAAUUCAGAUGCUGUGUCCCUCAUUUUCAAGCUACAAUCCUAGGAACAUGCUGCUGUAGGGAACUUGCUCAAGAAAGGAGGGAGCAGUGAUUUGAAGACUGACAAUUCUAUGUCUCAAUUGAGCUCAUAGGCAUGUUGUGAAAGCAACUGACCAACAGAUGGACUGUCCGUUUAUCUUACUAAGAUUUUAAUAAUUUAAGAGUCAAGCUUUUUCAAGCAAACACAAGCCUCCUUCCUGACAAUUAAGAUGUGCAGCCCUAUUUAGCUUAAAUGCCAUAGUGCACAGCAAUAGAAGAACUGGAUUUUUUUAAAAUGCAGAUGUAUUAGCUGCUUGAUUAGGCUGCUUACGGUCUUAUGAUUAUGCAAAUAAUUUGCAGUAAAAUGCUGACUCAGAUGAGUUUGUUUCAAUUAGAAAGAAACUUCACAAGUUUUUCUGUGACGAAAAACGUAGCUACAAGGUCACCUUUUCCCUCUCUCCCCUCCCCAACCCCUGUCCUCCAGACGGAGAGAAAUGUGACUGUGGUCCUUCUUAGUGAAAUUGUGUGGGAGCUGCUUCGUCCAGCUACAGGAUGCCUUGAACCAUUGCCGUUGUUUUUUCCGGACUACAGCAUAGGUAACACAAUACACUUAUUUUGGGUUGUUCGUGGCUAUUAAACAUAAUAGCUAAACGAAAUCUCUGUCAAUGGAAGCUGUAUACCUGAGUAUCAGAUGCUGGAGGCAAACCUACUAGGGAAAGCUACCUUCUCUCCACAACAUGCUUCCAAGUUUCCAAAGGGAACUGGCUAGUUACUCUUGGAUGCAAACAGAAUACUAGAUUUGAUGGGCGCUGGGAUGACGUUUAACAUCUACUUUUUGAAGAACGAAUAAUUAGUACCUUUAUUUUCUGUAUGUGUGUAUGCAUCACACCCCUUGCAGUCAAAGGAAUUAAGAACUCCUGUUUGAGAGAAUUAACCUGGUUUUAUGAAAAGGAUGGUGAAAUCCAGAGCUGGUUCUAACUCAUUGUGAGAGAAAAAUUACGUUGCUAGUUAAACUUCCAAAUCUUGGAAUUCUUUAUCUUUAAGUGCAUAUCACAUUACCAAGUUUUCAGCACUGUUGUAGCUACCAGAACUGGUCACCAGCAAAAUGCUUUUUAUAUAUAUUAAAGAGCUUUUUAUGCUUAUGGUUGGGUGGGAUGGAGCUGAGAAGAAAAGAAAAAAUCACCUCUCCUGGUGUUCUAAACUAGGUCCUAAGCAUAAGAGUAAACAGUAGCUCUGUUUGUUGCCUUGUCACAGAUUCUUAAAUUCAGAUACUCAUGAAGAUUGACGUAGUAAGGAUUGCAUUAAAAUGCAUUAGUGUUACAAAUAGCAAUACAGAAAAAUAUAGCUAUGAACAAAAUACUAUGUAAUUAAUGAACAACUAAGGUUGGUAUAUAGCAUAAUGAUUAGGGCACACAUAGCAGCACGAUGACUUAUGAAAGCAGCCCUAAAUAUCACAAUAGGACAGCUGGAAAUUAUAAAUAUGUAUUGACUAAAGCUGGAAUCCAUAAAAGUGCAUGUUUUUCUGUAGUUCAAUACCUACACUGAAUUAACAACUCGGGUCAAAUUUGAAAUGGAGAACUUGUUCUUACCCUGAAAUCUGGACCUGAAAGAGAAAUUGAACAGAAGGGGCAACUUGGAGUUUGGUCUGAUUAAAAAUGCCUGAUUUAGGGUACUUAAAGUUUGUUUAGGUUUUAUUGUUGUACUCACAGCUGACUGAGUCCGAAAGUGUGUGCCUUUAUCUUGAAGAGGGAUGACUGGAAACAUGUAAGCUUCCCCCUGAAACUGUUGGGAUACUGCCAGGGAGACAAAGUCCAUCAUGACUCCACGUCGCCUCCGGACGAUCCAUCGAUCUCCCGUAGAUACAGUAUCAGCAAUUAGCGACACGAGCUCCAGAAAUAGCUUGCCACAUUCCAGAGCUGAUGCACGCUCUAUCAGCAGAGUUCGCAUAGCGAAAGAUGCACUCAGGAGAGCAUAUUUACAACUUUAUUCAGCAUUGGUCAGAACAAAGAGAACACAUGACUGCCUGCUUCAGUGUCUCAGACACAGAGAGAAAACGAAAGCAUAGACACAACAGAAACAUCCUGUGAACAGGAAAUACGCAGGCUGUGACACAAACAUCCUGCUCCCUUUUAAGGUGGAACGGAAAUAUCCUAACAGAAACCAGACAUGGUGAUUUUGACAAUCACUGUUCUUUCAUGUUGGAGACUCCUUACUACUGGAUUUUCCAGAGCUGGUUAAAAGGUGUUCAGUGCUGAAUUGCCAGGAGGGGAUUACAGGCCCUCUGGAAGAAAGGGGUGUUUCCUGCUGAAGCAUAACUGUAUAUCUAAAGUGUGCAAACAUUGUUUGUUCUCUGCAUAAUUUUUAACCUGAGAACAAUUCUAUGAUGUGCUCAUCAGCUUUUUGUUUUUCAUUGCUCUUUAUUUAAACAGGACACCUGCAAAAGAUUCUGUCCCAUGACCAUCCUCCGGAGUAUUCUUUUGAUUUUUAUGCUGCAUAUAUAAAUAUUCUGCUUGGCGUUUUCUAUCCUGUCUGCAGGGACCUGAAGGAGCUCCGACAUCUAGUAAGGGAUCUCUUUGGUGCUUUCAUAAUGAAUGUGGUGUCAUAGUGCUUUUGAUGCUGGCUUUGGAAUUCUUAGAAUGUCCUAUAUAACAUAGCAUGUGGAUUCUGUGCUAUUUCUCAGUAUGUAACCAGGUGUAGGUUGCUAGGUUGUCGGCUCGGCAGACAAGAAAGAGAAGCUCAGCGAGCUUGCAGCCUUCACAAAGCCACAUUAUUGAUCUGCAUACAUAAAAGUAACUGUUGCCUACAUGUAGGGGCUGGAAUAAUGCAGCUUUCUCACCAGCAGCUGAGCAAGUUCUGAAAGACAUGGUUGCUGUGUCUGAACAUCCUUGAAAUGUACUAAUGCCUCUUGGUUGCCUAGAUGAAUAGGUACACAAAUAGAAAUUUCUGACUUUUAUGUGGCUGGACUGUAACCUACUGUACAAAGAUAUUUAUAUCCAUUGUUGCAUCCACUCCCAGCAUGUGACCAUUGGAAAGUUACCCUCUAAGUUAUGUGGCUCCAGUACUGAAAGAGAUUCCCCAUUGCUGUCUUAAAAUAUGGACAUGCAUUCAGGACCUUCAGGUUACCAGAUACGGCAUUAUACUGUCCUGCUUAUCCAUGCCAAAGAUUUAUUUUGUUUUUAUGGCUCUGUGCAGCCACUAAUCCAUCUACCCUUUUCAUGUUUUAUUUCUCCUGCAUGCAAUUUCAUUGUAAGCUGCUGCUCUUCAGAGUUGGAGAGGGGUGUUGCAGCUCCUUUUCGGAUAGGGGUGGGAUAUUUUUAAAAUGUGUCCCAGGGUUUUUUCAAAUUCCAGGGAUGUAAGGAUUUAAAAUGUGGGAUGAUACCAAUUAUACCACUGCUUGUCUUGCAGGCUGCACUCAAUUUUUCCAAGUACUGUGAGCCUGUGGUCCAGCAAAAGGGUGAGUGUUUUUCGUUCAUAUGAAUAAAUAGUGGAUGGUUCUAGAGAGGAGGCAAUAAAAAGCUUUCUGAGUCUUUAUAUGUUUCUGACCAUGAUUAGACAAAUGCUCCUUGGGCUGAUUUACUCUUCCUCCUGCCUUCUCUCUCACCUGGGCAUCGUUCUCUUUCAGUUUUGGGGCUUGCUGUGGAGUUAGUCUUAUGUGUAUUCCCCAAACCACAAUUGGUAAUCAUUGUUGGAAAUGGGGUGUGCAAUACUUUAGGGGUCAUGGGCAGGCUCAGUCAUCUAAUCAUAGUUAGAAGAUCCAGUGUGCUUUUUGGACUCUGCUAAACUGAACAGCAAGAUUGGUUAUACCCAUAGGGCUGAUCUCCAAGGAAGGAGAGGGGAAUGCUUUCCUGAGAGAAUGAGUGAGAAGGUGGGGAUGGUGCAAUUUCAGUCUCUUGAACAACGGUUAGGUAAUUGGAUGGUGCUUUGUCUGCACCUGAUUAACAAGGAAAGGGCAGGACCGAAGAGUCUUUUAAGCUAAAAGGAUGGAGGUAAGACAUAGAAUUAUCAGUCAUUAGGGCAUGGAACUCUUGAUCUCAGAGUUGUGGGUUUGAGCCCCACAUUGGGCAAAAAGAUUCCUGUAUUACAAAGAGUUGGACUGGAUGACCUUUGUGGUCCCUUCCAACUCUACAAUUUCCAUGAUUGCAGUUCCAGUUAUUCUCGGAUUGUACACAUCUGCAUAGGAGGGGAGAGUGCAUAAGCUGAGGUUUGUUCUACCUUAUGCAUAUCCAUGCUAAACCAUCGGUCCGUUAUCAAGACAUUUUUCCAUUAUGCAACAUUUGCAGCAUAACAGUUAUACUAUAGUUUGAUGUUAUGAACAUAAUCAGUACCAGAAUCUCAAAAGAAAUGUGCCUUUUAAUCUGUAAACCUAUAUUAAAUCCAAGAGCCAGUGUAUCACCUGAACACUUCUCAAAGUUCAUCUUGAAUCAAUACUACUUUUCUGUGUUUGUGAUACAGCAAGUGAACGUGACACACGCAAACUUUGGAAAAAUAUUGAAUCCCACUUGAAGAAAGCUAUGCAGACUGUUUACCUGCGGGAAAUAUCAAGGUAAUUGUCCCCCUCUUUAUUUUCAGAAAGCUGCCUCUCAAGGCUUACCUAAAAUGUCAAGUAGGUGCUGUAGGUGGUAUUCUUUCCUGCUAAAGCAGAUGUCCUGGCUUUUAAAAAUCUGUUAAAUAGGUUACGCCUACCAAUAAAUGAAAAAUAAUGCAGUACGUGUCUGUUUCUAAAUGGAACAUUAGGAUAAAGAUGUUAGGUAAAGGUGCUGCUAGAUGAGAUAUGGGAAGUCUGCAAAUGAGUGUGGUGUGUUGGUGGAGAGGUGCUCGGGGUGAUUUAUUUAUUUAAUUAGUUUAAUUAAUAAUUUUUUAAUGCAGGAAUUAUGUGUUUUGGUUGUUUUCUAUUUUUAUGCUUGGGUUCCUUUUGUAAACUAUAUUGUAAUGACUCCUUUGUUAAGCGAUACACACAAUUUGAUUUGAGGUACUUAAAUUUCUCCCACUGAAAUUUGUGAGAUUGACUGGUUAAAUCAAUUUUCUUCACUUCUCUCUUUCUUCCAGAGAGAGAAGGGGUUUUUGGAUAUUUGUGUGUGUUUGCAGGGGACAGGUUAUAUAAUCCGUAGCAGAGCUUUAAGCUGAAGGUGUGUGAUCUGAGAUGCAGCAAAUGUGUAUAUGGAAAAAAGUCUUCUUGUACCUGGAAGAUUAGCAUGGCAGGGAGAAGUCUGAAAGGGGAUUUUGUCGCAGUCCCAUACCAUCCAGCAUAACUGGAUACUAAGCUCAUGCGAUUAAUAUUUAAAAUUUUCUCUGAUUUCUAUUGAUAUUUAUGUUACUUUAAAAAGUCAAUACUUUAACGCACUUUAGAAUCGUAUUGUACAACUUAGCAUUUUGAUAUACAGAUAAUAAUAAUAAUAGUAAUAAAAACAAUAAAUUUUUAUACCCCUCCCUCUCCGGCCAGGGCUGGGCUCAGGGCAGCUAACACCAAAUAUGAAUUACAAUAAAACGUAACAGAAAAGAAAAACAACAACAAACAAUUAAAAUACAGCUUAAAAUGCAGCCUCAUUUUAGUAGUAGCCCAUAAAUCAAGACCAUAAAGGGAGGAAACAUCAGAUAUUCACCCGAGCCAGCUAUCCAUGCUGGUCCUAUAUGGGCCAGCAAAAAAGCCAAGGGAAAAUUUAUAUACCAAAUCCCAUAUAAGGGGUCAGAGUGAGUCUAAGCCGAAGGCCAGGUGGAACAGCUCCAUCUUGCAGGCCCUGUGGAAAGAUGUCAAAUCCCGCAGGGCCCUGGUCUCUUGUGACAGAGCGUUCCACCACGUCGGGGCCAGUGCUGAAAAGGCCCUGGCCCCAGUUGGAACCAAUCUAACCUCCUUGAGGCUUGGGACCUCCAAAGUGUUGUUAUUCAUGGAAGCUAAGGUCCUCCGUGGGGCAUACCAGGAGAGGCGGCCCCAUAGGACAAGUCUUUUGUAAUUAACUGAUUGUAGAAUAUUAUUCUGUUUUACCUACACUUAACCCUUUAUCCAUUUUUCAUUUACAUGAAUGUUGCUGUGUUUAGUGACUAUUUUGGCCAGCAGGCCACAAAUAGGGGUUUCCUAGACUUGAGGACUAGCUUUCUGUUCCCCCCUCUCUCCCCAUCCCAGGUGAAAUCAUUUGGUGUUUUCUUUUGCGGGGGGUGGGAGUCAUUCUUCUUGCUACAAUUCCCUAUCCAGUUUGGAUACAACAAUGAAAUGGAACCAGAGAACCUGAAUGGGGAGUUACCUAGCAACUGAAGCAUUGUGUUUGGGUUUUUCCCAUUCUACCCCUGUGCAUGACAGUUUUAAAGCUAGUAUUGUUUCUUUAGGCAGUUUAAUAUGGUUGGCAUUUAAUAUAGUGCUUUUUGAGUAAUCAAAGUAUUUCACACACAAUGCUUACACAACCUACCCCACAUGGUACGUCAGUAAUUUCCCCAUAAUGCAGGUGAGAGGCUAGAAGAUUAUGGCUUACCUAGGACCACUUAAUGAACUUAUGGUUUUGGUGAGAAGUGAACUAGAGACUUGCCUGUUGAUACUCCUAAACUGGGUCUAUAAUGAGGCAUCAGUAGUAGUAGUAGUUGCUUGCAGGCCAGGUUGCACCAUCCUUAGGUUGUUGUUGUUGUUUAGUCGUUUAGUCGUGUCCGACUCUUCGUGACCCCAUGGACCAGAGCACGCCAGGCACUCCUGUCUUCCACUGCCUCCUGCACUUUGGUCAAACUCAUGUUGGUAGCUUUGAGAACACUGUCCAACCAUCUUGUCCUCUGUCGUCCCCUUCUCCUUGUGCCCUCCAUCUUUCCCAACAUCAGGGUCUUUUCCAGGGAGUCUUCUCUUCUCAUGAGGUGGCCAAAGUAUUGGAGCCUCAGCUUCAGGAUCUGUCCUUCCAGUGAGCACUCAGGGCUGAUUUCCUUCAGAAUGGAUAGGUUUGAUCUUCUGGCAGUCCAUGGGACUCUCAAGAGUCUCCUCCAGCACCAUAAUUCAAAAGCAUCAGUUCUUCGGCGAUCAGCCUUCUUUAUGGUCCAGCUCUCACUUCCAUACAUCACUACUCCUUAGGUUAGAUUUAGCCAAUGUUAAAUCCAAGAAUAAAAGUUACUUUGCCUGUUUUUGUCUGGCGAACUGAUGUAAAUCAGAAUAAUCUGACAUCAUUGUUAAUCGUCUAUAUACUUUUAAACAGUUUAAUUGCAUAAUUAUUCUUAUUCAAAAGUAACACAAAUGCACUCACUCAUCUCUAAAAAUCAAAUGUCUAAGUGUCUUGUUUUUAGGCAUGGCAAAUGCAUUUUUAAAAAUAGCUGCAUUGUCUUUUAGCUCCCAGUGGGAACAAUUACUCCAGGAUGACGGUGAAGCCGGGCAACUAAAAGGUAUGUGAAGAAGUAAUAGUGUAGUGUUAAUUGUUGACAAAAAAUACCCCUGUAAUUUGGAGCAAUUCAGUCAUUGUCUUCAGUAUGCAUUUGCGAAUACACCGACAGUUUAAAGAAACUAAACGGGCAGCACGGAAUGCUGGUACAUAUUUUCUUCCAGCAAAUGGGGUUUGUGGUGAUCAACAUUGGUUAACUUAAGUCUUUCAAACUCAUACAUUUUUUUUGUCUCACAAUUUUUUUCUAGGACUUUCAGCUCAUGCUCAUGUAGAACUUCCAUAUUAUUCCAAGUUCCUACUAAUAGCUGCAUACCUUGCUUCUUACAACCCUGCCAGGACAGAUAAGAGGUUCUUUGUUAAGGUAAAUAGGUUUCUUCUUUUUGCCGUAAUCUGUUCUAGCAUUCUUUAACAUUCUGUAAUACAUUUGUAUGUCUCUAAAGAGGGACGUGGGUGGUGCUGUGGGUUAAACCACAGAGCCUAGGACUUGCUGAUCAGGAGGUCAGCAGUUCGAAUCCCCGCAACGGGGUAAGCUCCCGUUGCUCGGUCCCUGCUCCUGCCAACCUAGCAGUUCGAAAGCACAUCAAAAUGCAGGUAGAUAAAUAGGUACCGCUCCAGCAGGAAGGUAAACGGCGUUUCCGUGUGCUGCUCUGGUUUGCCAGAAGUGGCUUAGUCGUGCUGGCCACAUGACCCGGAAGCUGUACGCCGACUUCCUCGGCCAAUACAGCGAGAUGAGCGCCGCAACCCCAGAGUUGGUCAUGACUAGACCUAAUGGUCAGGGGUCCUUUUACCUUUUCCUAUGUCUCUAAAGAGUUUUAUAAACCAUGGCUAAAAUUUCACUACUAGCUCUACAUGUUCAAUGGAGCUUUGAUCCAGACUUGGUAGCGCUUCAAUAGCAGCAAUCUCUCCCCUCAAUUCUAUAUGGCAAAACACUGUUGAAAGUGGGGGAUAUAGUUUCAUCUGGGGUAGAGAUCAAAGAAGAGAGUCAAAAUUCUGACUGGACAUACCUUUAAGUAGCUUUUUGACUCCUAGCCAGUAUGUACUCAUUAAUAGGCUUUUCAGCAAUCUCGUGUGACUGCAGUCUGAAUGCUGCGUUCCUUGUAGAUAACCUCCCAGGGGUGACACAGUGGUAGUGGGAAGGCCUAGAAGCAAAAAUAGAUAGAACAACAGAUAUGACUCUUGCCUUUCCAAUAUAGGCUACAUUGGAGCCUCACAAAAGCCCUUCUCCGUCCUCCAGCACCAUUCUCAUAGUUCAAAGACACCUUCCAGAGAAGUCUGGAAGGCCACAUUUUCUCCCUGCUCUGAAGGCUCUUCUCGCUUGCUUUAAAACAGGAGUGGGAAACUUGUUUUUUCUGCCAUGGGCCUCUUUCUUUUGGGACUUCACACCACAGUGGAAUCCUACCUGUAUGGCAGUGAGAAAAGACGCUUUGGUCAGUUAGGAGGUGCAUAAAACUAACCUACAGUAAGAGGCUUAAAGACAGAAAAGAAUUAAUACAGGGGUCGAUGAUCAAUUGCAUCCAUCUGCUAGUGGAAUGGACAUACAAUGGGACUUCUUCCUCUCUCCUGCUCUGCACCAUCCCCCGCCACGCGUCCUAAAUUCUUCUCUGGGUGGUUGGAGAGUCCCCUGGAGCAGAAUUUUUGGGAAGGGGCAUGGGUUGCAGGGGAAAGUAGAUGUAGAUGAAAGAGGAGUCCUGUUGCACAAGUGAAAGUCUGUGUGAUGUUGGAUUUCACUCACUGAGGGCAUUGGAAACAUGGAAGCUUUUUUCUAAUACUGGGAGAAAAGCCUAAAUCUAAACAAUUGGUUGGUUUUAAUUAUUUCAAAGAAAUGAAUUGUACGCGAUACAUUUUAUUAAUCAAUAUGCUUGUUUUAUACUACGCUGGGAAAAAUAAAAUUUAGAUGUAAUUUUCCCCUUUUUAUCUUUAUAAAUUGCUUAUUUUUAAUAAAAAUAUUCAGCAAGGCAACAGUUUGAUUUACUUUAUAUAACCAAAUAGCAAAAUCUGAAGAAACGUCAGUGGUGGGGUGAUACCAGCAUUUGGUUGGCAACUCUCCAAAAUAAUUAACCCUCCAUGCCUUCCAUCAAUUGCUGUUUUGAACAGGCGCAAAAUUGGCUUUGUAUCUAAAAUAACUACUUCUUUACCUAGAUUUGAUAAGGAAGCAAGGAAAGGCUGGCAGCAUUUUAAAGUGAAGCAGUAGCUGCUUCAUCUUGUCAGUUGAUGGAAAGGAAAACAUUUUCCCCCUCCCAGUCUUUUUGCAGCUAUUUUACCAGUAGGGAGAGAGCGAGAGAGCUGCAUGUUUUAAAUGGCUGAAAUGGUUUAGUGAAUUUUCAGAUAAAUUUAUGGAUAACUGUUUUCAGAGGUACACACAAUUACUUUCUUAUUUAUUUUUUAUCUUAUACCUUCCAGUAAAUCUCUCCCCCCCCCCCCCGUUAUAAAUACUGUACUUUUUCAGUGGUGUGCACUGUCUGUCAGAGUUUGACGUGCCAUGGGCAGGCCACAGUGGGCCAUAUUUUAGCAUUGCUAUUGUCCAUACAGGGUUUGUGAAGAAUAAAUGAAAUAAGUUAUUACAUGAAGUAUACCUGCAACAAUGCAGUUGUUGUGUAUGCUGUCACGUAGCUGUGUGAUAUGUUCAGUGAAGUUGGGCUGUUCUCCCCAUAUAAAUUAUGUACCAUUGUAAAUAACUAUUUCACAGUUGGAAUUUUCUUUUCACUUGCAGCAUCAUGGAAAAAUUAGGAAGAAAAACUUUCAGAAGAAACAUGAAAAGGUAAAUUCAGCUUUCUGUUUGAUAGAUUAUCUCCAUUCUGGUAUACAAUUGAAACAGAGUGUCACUAAAUUGUCUUAACAUAUGAUGAAAUGUCCUAUUUUAUUUUCCUAUAUAUUCUAUGAUUGCCUUGAGAGGACUUUGCCUUAAAAGGUGACCUAGAACUGCCUAAAGGAAUAAAGGCAGCCACGCCCACAGGUGGAUGUGUUAUCUUUCUGCAAUAGUUUGCAUUGCUGGAAAGACCACCCCUUCUUUAGUUUGAUCUGUGUCCUUUUAGACUUUUUAGGGUAGGAACUGUUUUGACUGAACACCCACCUCCAAGGAAACUCCACAGACAUGCAUAUAUAAUUCCACACAUGCAAAAAUCCCCUGGUGGCCAGAGGCAGGCAGAAAGUUUCACUCCCUUACUAGCAAUAGCAGAAACAAGCCAAAUAAGAAUCUAUAUGCAGAUUUGCUGCUUUUGCAUAAUUUGUACAGGUUGCAGAAUGUGUUUAUAUGAAUAACAUUAGAAACCUGUCAGGGAACUGCCAUCAGUGCAGGAGGGAGAGAGCAAAAGCCAGAUGGAUUAUAGAGAGCCUCCAGGGAUCGUGGGAAGUAGCUCCUCUUCAACGGAAGAGAAUAAACGCGGCGCCAGUGGAGAGGAGGUGCAGGAGUCAGAAGUGGCGAGGCGGUCCCAGGACUCCUUGCCUGGGAGAAGCGGGGAGGGAAGGGGUCCUCCGCUGCCCACGCCCUCUUUGCGCAGAAGGCGUUCGCGCAGAGAGGGAAGGCGCAGACUGGGCGUCAAGGAGCUGCUUUGCUGGAGAAAGUUUAAGAACCGCCCACUCACGGAUUCUGCCAGCGAUUGAGUCAGCCACGGGAGAGUGGCGCUCCGGACUGAUAAUGUUUAUUUUGGCAGCCAAGCCAAGUCUACACAGCCAAGUAGGGAGAUAUUUGCCUGCUUGCUCCCGAGCAACCCCUUGGAAACAUAACAAAACCCUUCCUGGAUUUUUAUACCAUUGCCUAUGAUUGUUUCCUCCGCUCCUUUUAAGAUUGCAGAGCUGCUAUAUCUUUUUGAUAACUAGUGCAGUAGAAUGGCUAAAGUUGUUGCUGAGAGAGAUUGCCAUCCAAAGAUUUAGAACCGCGACUGCCUUCCCUUUAAUCCUAGUUGUGAAGCAAGGAAAAAUAAGGAAUGCACACUUCAAGAAGAGAUGUUGAAAUGAAAGAUCAGUUUAUGGAAUGAAAAAAAUGUUCCCCACAUCUACAGUUUUAUACUGUGUAAAUUAAAUAAGUUAAAACCAUGCAUUCAUCAUACAGAUUACUGGGUUGUAGCAAAUGCUGACUUUUUCUCCCCAUUUUUCCUUUAUAAACAUACUAGAGGCUCACCUGAUCUUUGAAUGUGCACAGAGCCUUAACAGAAUUCAGGUGACCACAUCAUAGCUGUGUACUUAAAUUAUAAGUGUGGAACAUACAAGUUGCAUUGAAAUUCUUAUUACUGGACCUUGAAUUACAGUCCCCUGGCUAUCUAAAUUCAUUGUGAAUCAUCAGCCUUUUCAGAUGUUGCACUAAGCAUGGGUGUUUGGCCUGCAAGUGCCUCAUGUUUGCAUGCUUCCGUCUUUGGCACAGCCAUGAGAUUGGAAUCCUGCUUCUAACCAGACUUCCUUGUUGCAUCCAAUCUCUGUGAAACUGGUUCAAACAGAAAGCUGGGUUUCCCCACCCUUUUAAAUUUAUUUAAUCAGUAUAACUAACUGAGGCAGAAUCUGGCAGGAGCACCUGUACAAGCCCAAGAGCAAUAAGAGAAAUCUGUGCAAGAGCACUCUCAAUUUAUUUUAAUGACGCUUCUGUAAGAGGCACCCUCAACAGAUUGCAUUGCCUGUUGUUAGUGGUUGUCACUACUACUAAUUAUAAUCUUCAUUGUGUUACUGGCUAGCAGGGGUGGUGAAGCCAUGGCCCUCCAGACACCAGCCUCAUCACAUGUGAGUUUUUAAAAGGGGGGGGGGAACCCACAGUUGCAGUCCGAACGCUUGGCCAUUUUGCUAGAGCAGAGCUUACCAACCUUUUUGGACCAGUGGGAAUAUUUUAAACUUCAUGAAAGUGCUGUGGGCACCAGUCACAAAGUGGCUGCCAUGGGCACAUGGCAUAACAUAAAAUGCUGCAAAUGUUUGUGCUCCUUUUUGUUUGUUUUCUUCACUUGGACAAGAUGUCUGUUUUCUAAUAUAAGUCUUCUUGUCUCUAACAGCUUAUUUGAUAUUAUUUGCUAACUAUACUGGCAUCCUUUUGGCCUAGAUGAGCUUCUAAUACUGUGGUUUUAAACAGUCCCAACUGUUUUUCUGCAGUCUCUUUAUCUUUAAAAAGUUGGGUUAAUAUGUAUGAAAUCCUUGUAAUUUAGUACAGACUGAUUCCUGAAGUCUUGAAUGCUUUUACUCCUAUACUGCAAAACAGUGUAUUAAAAAUAAAAAGCGGGGCUUUUUGUUAAGUGUAAAAACGUAUUGCUGUUUGAUAACUGGAAAAAUAAUAUAAAUAAGAUCCAGCCUGCUAUGUUCCAAGAAAAUCCAGCUGAUGAAAUAUACUUUUUUUUAAAACAGACCAGCAGUCACCUUCUUGGGCCAAAGCCAUUCCCUCUGGACAGAUUGUUAGCAAUAUUGCAUAGUAUUGUUGAUAGCCGAGUUGCUCCAACUGCAAAUAUAUUUUCUCAGGUGAGUUAAGUUCCUAAUAUAAAUUUUUUAGACAACAGUUUACUGGUUUCUCUUUACAAUAUAAUUGUAAGCUUUGGUUGUUUCUUGUGUUACCCUAAUUAACCACUCACAGAAGUUAUUUUAAAUAUUUAAUGAGAAAUUGACUGUGUGUUAGCAAUUGAAACUUCCAAAGGUUCAGACUCAUGGUUUCUCACUGUUUGGUUGUCAUUUAAUUCCAAAUGUUACCAAUCACCUUCUGAAGAGCUUUUAAUGCAGAUUUUAGCCAAGUAUUUGUUGUGUUCAUGUUGAUAUGUAGAAAGUCUGCGCUGCAUGUUGCAGCUGUUCAUUGCUUAAUAUAAUAGGCAUGAUUUAAUAAUCUAACCUGUGCUCAAGUUAUGAUAUAUACACACACAUGAAUUGUUACUUGGCACUACAGAACAGUAAACCACUUUUUAAACUGGUUCAAACUUAGAAAGGUGUUUCAGGGUUUUUGACCUGGCAAGGAGGGAGAGGGAUUAACUUGAGAGUUAUUCACUCAUCUUUACACUUCUCAUAUAUUUUGCCUGUUGCCCCUUCCCCAAGAAUUAUGUCUAAAAGGAAAGCACUGUAAAUGCAGGUAGCUUCACUCAGGGUAAGAGUAGUGAGAAAUGUGCUUGGUAAUUUGUAUGAUGCAACCCCACCAUCACCACCAAUGAAUAUCUGUCAAAAAUUAAGCAGUGUGGUCUUGAAUAUUAAAUCAAAAUGAUUACAAUUGGCAACCAAAAUGAUAGGCACCGGAGCACUGACGCCAUAAAAAAGAGAGAAGGUAUAGCAUAUCUAAUGUGCAGUACAGCCGCUGUUUUCUGACUCCAAAAAUGGUCCCAGUAUGGUCUCUCUUAUAUUGUUGGCCUAGAUGGGGAAACCAUAUUCUUCCUGAAUGAAUAUAAUUUGUCAGUUCUGUCAUGCAACAUACACACAGACACCUCUCAUUCUCCUCUUUUUAUAUCCUUCUCUUGCAACCUACUGGAAAUGUGACAAACAGAACAUAUAUGCACCAUGUGUUAUAAACAUUAACUGCCACAUUCAGUUCUCUUUUUCCCUUUCUUCUGAUUUUGGAGCCUUACUGAGUUGAUGCCAUCAGGUGUCCAAGUGGCUACCAUUGACCAAAGGAAUAGGUUAAGUAAUUUUGAAUGCACCAACUUGCUAACCGUGUAACCUACUCUCCUGGUAAUGCCACUAAGAAAGAACUUUGUUUAAGUUACACAUUUGAGAAAGAACAUUGUCAACUUUCUUUAUAGUGUAUAGAUCUUGCUCGCCAUGCUCCUUCAUUCCCCUGCCCUGUCUUAAGUCUGUAGCAGUAUCUUCUAUGUAACAUUCUGAUAUUUUUAUUGAGUCAGUUUUCACUAGAUGGCAGCAUAACCCAAUGAACAAGGGCAGUAUUUCAGGAACUGACCCUCCAUCAAUGCACAGGUUUUUCUUUCACAUUAAAUAGAAGUGUCGGAUGGAAGUUUACCCAAUGCAACCUUCCCUGUUGUGUUUAAUAGAUAGAGUAGUUGUCUGUGUAAUAACUAUCUGCAUGUGUGAAUGAGCUUUGUAUACAUUAAAGUUACUGUUUCUCCAUGUAGGAACAUGGCUUUUACAUUGUUAUCUUUAAAAAAACCCCUAAAAAAACAACAACUUUUGAGGUGAUCUAGUGCCUGUUCUGGUCUGGCCAUGAUUAUUCAAAUUCACUCUGUAGCCUCAUGUAGCCCAUGCCUGUGCAAACACAGGUAAACAAGUCUUUCAGACCAGGCAUUAUGAGCAUCACUCAUGCCAAAUGGCUUCUCUGCCCUGGGACCCUGUAUUUUGAAAAUAUGAAACCAGCAGUUAUUCAGAUUUGUAUCUAAAAUUAUAAGUGAAACAGGCAGGUCUCCUUGGGAAGCAGAGAGUGGAAGUAAUGGGAAAAUCAAGGUCUUCAUAUUUGCAAAGCUGAAGAAUAAUUUUAGAUGGAGUACUGGGUAAAGAGGGACGCGGGUGGCACUGUGGGUUAAACCACAGAGCCUAGGACUUGCCGAUCAGAAGGUUGGCAGUUCGAAUCUCUGUGACGGGGUGAACUCCCGUUGCUCGGUCCCUGCUCCUGCCAACCUAGCAGUUCAAAAGCACGUCAAAGUGCAAGUAGAUAAAUAGGUACCGCUCCGGCAGGAAGGUAAACGGCGUUUCCGUGCGUUGCUCUGGUUUGCCAGAAGCGGCUUAGUCAUGCUGGCCACAUGACCCGGAAGAUGUACGCUGGCUCCCUCGGCCAAUAAAGCAAGAUGAGCGCCAAGAUCCCAGAGUCGUCCAUGACUGGACCUAAUGGUCAGGGGUCCCUUUACCUUUUUACUGGGUAAAGAUCAGUUGAAACCAAAUAGGAUAAGCAGACAAAAGUGGCUGAAGGGCAUGCAACUCUGAAAAAGCAAAGAACUGUAUUAGGUGGUAGAAGAUCAUCAUCUAGUUCUAGGAUCCCACGGUUCACUUAUUGUUUCUUUGUUCCAGUAGCAUUGAGUGCAGCCACUAAUCUGCACUGCUAUUUUGUUGUUUACCGUUUAGUACUUACUGGCUAAGUACUCAGUACUUUGGGACAUUUUGCUUGAGUUUUCCCCCUAAUAGACCAACGUGUCUGUUAUGGAAAUGUUUUGAGUCCAGUAUUGUUUUCUGUUUCAGAAUAUACACUAGAUGGCAGUUGUGUCAAAUAAUUGCCCUUCUUGAGUUGCAUUGCAGUUUGAAACUGAUUAAAAUGUUGCUUUAUUUAAAAGUCAGCCACCCCACUCAAGAAGCAAAAAUGUAGGAUAACAUAGUCUAAUACAGUUUGAAGAGCUCAUGUACACAAACUGCCUUGCAGCUUCUUCCUUAAGAUGCUUCCUUAUAAGCAACUGAGUGUAUGUGAUUGUGUGUACUGCAACUACGUAGGCAGAGAGGAUUAUGUGGGUCUUUCCACCCAAAUGCCAUCCCAUCAGGAGGGAGGUAAGCCAGUAAUUGGGUGGGAUAAGAUUUAUACAGGAAGCCCUAUUCAUGUGGUUUGCAGUGUUGGUACAUAUGCUGCUGUUGUGUGGAAUAACACAACAGGGAAGUGACUGCCAUGCACACAUGUGUGAUGGGAACCUGAGAUUCAUCUCUCCUUAAGGACGGACUGGCUCAUAAUUCAAGAAUCAAAUGGUACAGCCUUCCAACUAAACCCAGCCCCCUUUGGUUGGGUUUAAGGUGGGCAAGACAAAAAGGGCUACUCCCCUUUUCACUUCUUCCUGCUUUGUAAUGGGGUAGGAGGGACAGGGAGAGGAACACAAAUAAGAGAAGGAAGCAAAUGCCUGUCUAUCUCCCUGCCAUUUCUCUAUCAUGCAGUUUCCUCAUCCACUCCCAAGGACAAGAGCUUUCAUUCCCACAUUGCCUGCUUCUGCUUCACCUCUCUCUAGUACUGUUCCUUGCAGGAUGGAGGAAAAUAUGGUGUAUCAAUUCAAACUUCCUCCUGAGAGUGACUCAACAGUAAUGCCAACCGCUUACAUGGCAUAUACUCUAUAUAUGUUGUGUUAGAAUUGGUUUUGAUUAAAGUAAUAUUUUCUUGCACGUAUGAGAAAGGUGAAGGUGCCAUUUGAAUUUGUUUGGUGUUUUUUAAAAAAAAUCAUAUUGUGUAUUCUUGUACAGUGUUUAAUAUUUUAAAGAACAAUAAUUCCACAUUUUCAGUAUUAGGACAGUAGUAUUUAAAUCCAUAAUAUUUCUUUUCUUAAAAUAAAAAAAAAUCUAGCAGAUAAAGUAGAAAUGAGAUUGCAGAAGCCAAAUAUUUUUAAAAGAUCCUUGUAUGUAUCGAAGCAGUCUUCCUUAAUGCAUACUAGGCAGUUGCAGCCAGGUAAUCCAUAACCUCAGUUGGAGUGAAUCUUCUCAAUCUUGCCUUAUUACAGAUGCCAACCUCUAUGUUAUUUUCUGUCAUUUGUCUUUCAAAGCUUUCCUUCAGUGUCAAUAUGAAUAGCAUCUUUAAGCUCCAAGUCUUUGCUGUACCUCUUUUCAGGGAAUGUCUUCCCAUUCACAUAGUUGUCUUCCCAUUGCAGUUGCUUUCCAUGCAAAAUAAGCACCAGAUGGAUCAGGCUGAAAUAAAUAUGGUCAUCCCUCAUUCCACCCACAUAUUAGCAAUGAUACACCAAAUGGGCAGACAUCCCCAGAUUUUGUGUAGUCUUCCAUUACAGAAACAACCCCUUGCACUGGCUGAGCUGUUAGAAUAGGUUCAUGAUAAACCAAGUAGAACUGCUGGGCCAGUUUGUGUGCUGUGUGGACAAGUACUCAGUAAUCAGCAGCCAUAUACCAAGCCUAUGUGUUUGAUUUUGGAUUCCACUUUGCAUACGCUUCAUUCAUCAUACAGAAUGGAUUUCUGCUUUUUCCCUGUUGCCAGUACCACGCCAUUUAAGCAGCAAUGCCAACUGAUGGGGCUCCUGUGGCAACAGCUCGCACGCCAGAGGAGGAGAAGCGAAGUCACUGGGCUCCACACUUGGCAUGCGCCAGGUGGGGGCCGGACGCACGGAGGGCAGUCUUCACCCUCGCUUGUCCCAACUCCCUCCCAGGCUGCCAGGCAGAGGCUGGGAGAAGCAGAGGCAAAGAUCGCCCUCACUUGUCCCAGCCCCCUUGUGGGAUUCUGGGCAGGGGCUGUGGUUCACGGAGGGCGCCCAGCAGCAGUGGGGAUUGCCGGCCCCCUCAGUAUUGGGGGAGCUAGACCCCCUGCUUCAAAAUAUUGAGGGGGCUGAAGCCCCUUCAGCCCCAUAUAGCUGGUGCUACUUGGUUGCAGCUACAACUUCCAUUUCCUGUUUUUUGGUAAUGUUUUGAGUUUCUCUUGUCCCCCCCCCCCCGGCUUCACCCUCUUUCUGUUCAACAACAUUUUCUACUUCCUCUUCUGUUUCAAGAAUUUGUGAGAUAUCCGGGUUCUCAAGCCAGUUGUGGGCUCUGUUUAAACCAAGUGUGAUAAGCAUGGGGCAUCAUGAGCUGCACAAUUUCAGUCCUUUUGCCUAUUUUUAGGUCUGUUAGCUUUUGUAGCCAAAUGAUCAACCUGUUUUAUAUGUUUGCCCUCUCAAAAGAGUCCUGAGGAGCAAGCCUUGCUAUAAAUGAUUUCCAAGACAUGCCACUUUACCAUUAAUUUCUCUACUACUCUGUUGCUGAAGGCACACCCAUUAACAGUCUGCAAAAUACUAGGAUCUCCAAAAGUAGUGAAAAUGUCCAUCAGAUUGUCUGCAACUUUUGCAUUCUUGCUUGCUAAAACUCUGUAUCUUUUAGCAAGAUGCAGAUAAUAUCACUGUAGUAAUGUGGCAGUGAGAGAGCUAAAUUGGAAGUCAUUGCUAUCGGAAAGAAGCAAAAAUAAGAUUCUACAAUAAGACUCUUCUUGGUUAUUUUCAUUUUCCUAGUCAGUGUUAGUUGCUUGUUUUUCUGUAAAAAUAGCCUGUUUGGGCUUACAGAGAAGUGAGUUAGGUCUAUGUUUUCUUGGAGAGUGAGUCAUAAAAAUAACUUUGUCCCUCACUUUUCACUGAUCAUUACUUUCCUUUGACACCUGCUGCUCACUCCUCAAUCUUUGCUUGCACCUAGUCAGAUUGAUUUCUCUGGCAACAUGGCCUACUUCUUCUCCUGGAACCUUUAAAGCAUUGCUUUAAAGGCCCAUUGAGAAAGCUGUAUGUGAGCUAUAUUUUUUAUAAUACCAGAGGUCAGCUUUAUUUUCCAUUCUGUGAGUGCUUAGAGCCAGACGGAUUCUUAGGUGGAACCAGUGUGUAGAAUUCUGCCAGGCCUUCAGCUUAAUCUGCACAGUUAUUGGUUAUUUAUGAACAUUUCCAAGCAUUACUGGUGGACAGUGUAUGGUGAACGAUCAAUAUACAAAAUUCCUUCAUAUAUAGCUACUUUCCGCACAUUAUCUGAGGUUACUUGGAGACUAUCCUUAUUGCAUGGGUGAAGCACAAAAUGACCAAAUUAGGCUGAAGUAUUCACAUUCUGCAGUGUUUCUUGGACACUAUGCAUAUCUUAUUGCAUAUCUUAUUUUAUCUAAUGGGAUUUAAAUCUGCUUAAUCAUCAGAACUGCUAAUAUGUUAACGUAUUGCUCAGAAAAGGUACAAAAUGCAACUGAGAAUAUGCACAUUCCCCAAGACUUGUUAGAAAUUAUAUAUAUCAACCGGAAAAUAUACACUAGUUUCUCUUCACGGAUAGAUUAUGAGCACAGCUUCCAUGAUGUGAAAUUGUUCAUUGACUGGUUAUUAUGCACCUUGAUAUUUCAGCUUGCUCCUAACAACAAUCAGAUUUCUCUUCCAGAGAUCCCUAGCCUCCCUCAUACAACACAGAAAUAUCUUAGAAGAGGAAAUUACCAUUGCACCAUUUGAAAUAUGUGGUGUAGAACAUAUUUAGGAUUGGAGUCUACAGAUAAUAAGCCUGAUCCUGGCCUCUUCUUUGUUGAAAGAAAAGACUUGCUCCACAGUAGUUUAAACACUAGUUUAUCAUGAGAGAGGAGGAAGAGAGCUGUCCCACUUCCCUCUAACAUCUUGAAAUAGGUUUGUACCUGUGCUAGAGGAAGUACAAGGUUGCUUCUGUCCUGCUCUACUGCAGAUUAUAGGACCAUGCUCCAGAGUGGUUUUAAAACUGUUCUAGGGAAAACUGGGUCUCAUCUGCAUAUUGAGAAUACUGUUAGGAUAUAGUUCCGUUCCACCUUAAAAGGAACAAGCAUGACUGUUUUGUGUCACAUGCCUGUUUACUUCCAGCAUCGUCUGCUGGGAACUUCCGUUUGUAUAUUGCUUUUGCUUUUUUUUUUUUUUUUUUUUUUUUUUUUUGCUGUUUGCUGGACACAAGGGGAAGCAGACAUGUUUUUCCUUUGUUCCUGAACUAUGCUGAAUAAACGCCUGUAAAUAAUGCUUACACAUGUCUCUGUCCACCACUUCCGUUGUGAGAAGAUUUAUUCACUCUGCUGAUAGAGCGUGCCAAGUCUCUAAAGGGAUCUGAGGCUUGUGUCGCUGAUUGAUGCUGUUCCAAGGGAGGCCGGAGUUUGCCCGGCUGGUGGCUGGAGCUAGCUGGGGGCCUGCCUGAUACCCCCAUCUCCCCAGCAGCAUCCCAACAAAUACCACUCCCCACAUGCACAGAUGACCCUUCCAGUGGCUUCAUAUGGGUGUUGUAGGACUUGCCAUUGAGCCAAGCAAGCACGCUUCCCGAACAUGGCCACUUCCUGAAACCUAUUUGUAGGUAGGAGUGGAACUGCUGAAACACUGUGCUUCAAACUCACAGUCUGCAUUGCUGAUCCAGGAUACCUUGGUCAAUGGUAUCCAAAGCCAGUGAGAAAUCAAGGAGAGCCAACAGAGUUGCAUUCCCCCUGCCUCUCUCCCAAUGUGGAUCAUGGGUUAGGGCAACCAAAGCUCUUUCAAUGCUAAAAUUGAAAUGGGUCAGGAUAAUAAACUUCUUUAAAACAGUCUUCAAGUUGCACGGACACCACUCCCUCAAGCGGAGAUGUUUUCGCAAUCUUCUGGGUCCAGGGAGAUCCUCUAAAGAGAUCCUCUUAAGGAGGGGAUCCACCACCUCCUUUAAUGAAGCUGGUACCACUGCUUCCCACAGUGAGGCAUUAACUACUCCCUGGACCCACCUGGGUUCUCAGAAGACAAUUUGAUAUGACCCGUGGAUAGAAAGUUUGAUAAUCCUUCACUAGGAACAUUCAUAUGUGAUAAAAGUGAUGCAGGAUUCCCUGGUGAUUAUGUACUCUAGAAACUGUCCAACUUUUACCUUGAUGUGUUGUCACUUUUGACUGGAUCAUUGCAAAGGAGAAGAGAAGUUAUUAUUGGAAACUGAAAAGUGAGUUUAUUUUGUAUGGCUAUUAAAUCAUUCCUUUUGUGGUUUCCGUUACAUGUCAUUGAACUCAUUUUCUACAAGGAGAUAGCAUCUUGAAGUUUAAGCUAGAGGAGUUAGAUGACAAGCACUAAAUCUUUGCUACAUUCUGGGGAUGGAUAGAAGAAAUACUGGACAAAUUCUUGAUAAGAUUACAUGCACUGUUUGUUAAUGUUUAACUAACGGACCCUAAAGAAUUGUGCUCUGCUCUGCUGGAAUCUGCCCAGUGAAUGUAUUAGUGUCCCAAAUUACAGGGUAUAUUACAUAAACAGGUUCCCUCCUACAGAAAUAACAAAUAAAUUUAAGAACAGGUGUAGAGAAGAUAAGUAGGCACCUGUGUGAUUAGUCUGACCAAGAGUUGAUCAUAAAAGGCGCUAUCUGUCUUUCCACAUUCAUAUCGACCUUCCACAAAGGUGCUGAAAAGAGCUUUUAUAUAGUUUUCCCAUUUUGUCCUUGUGACAACCCUGAGCUGCAGAAUAGGCUGAAAGCUAGUGACUGACACAAGCUUCAUGGCCACGUAGAAAUUUGAACCUGGAUCUUGCAGGUUCAAGUACAGCAUUCUGUCCGCUACACCAUAUUAAAGCGACUGUUGCAUUGAAAGGAAGGACCUUGGUUGUUCAGUGUAUUUACUCAUGAGGAACUGCAUUUGUUUACACUGUUCUAGCAACAGGAAAGGGCAGAUCAUGUCACAUACCAAGUAGCAUUACAGUUCCCUUCAUAAUAUUUAUGGUAAGGAGAAGGCAUCUGUCCUGCUUAGAUACACAUAUAAUGCCUAUUUAAUUUGCUGGAUAAAAUUAGUAGUAUUUCUGUAGCAUACUACUCUCAAACUCUUUAAGUUCCAGUACUUAAUAAGUUGAAGAUGUGCAGCAGGGAUGAGGACUUUGGCACUCCAGAUAAUGUUGGACUCUUAACUCCUAUGUGAGUUAAGUGUGGUGUAGUGGUUAAGAGUGGUGGACUCGUAAUCUGGUGAUCCGGGUUCACUUCCUGACUCCUCCACAUGCAGCUGCUGGGUGACCUUGGGUUAGUCACGCUUCUCUGAAGUCUCUCAGCCCCACUCACCUCACAGAGUGUUUGUUGUGGGAGAGGAAGGGAAAGGAGAAUGUUAGCCGCUUUGAGACUCCUUCGGGUAGUGAUAAAGCUGGAUAUCAAAUCCAAACUCUUCUCUUCUUCUCUUCUUCUCCUAUCAGCCCCAACCAAGAUGGUCAAAGCCCAUGGAUGAUGGGACAACAUUUGGAGGGCCACAGGUUCCCCAUUCCUCCUUUAUAGCAUUGAUUUCACAAAAGACUAUGAUAGAAAUCAGUGCCAGUUGUUGGGUUUUUUUAAAUGUUAGUAUAAAAAGGGAAGCACAACAGUGCAAGCUUUGACUUCUGCUUCCCUCAGGCCAAGAUGAUUCUGCAGAAAUCUCUGUGGUGGCAGGUAGAAGACAGAGGGGCCACCACUGUGAGCUGGUGGUAGCUCACCAGACUGCUUUUCUUUAACCUUGACAUAGAUAAAUCUCAGUUUAAGAAUUUGAAAGCCCCCGGAGCAAGCAGCUGAGUUUCCACAAAGUCACCACAAACCUUAGUCAUGGAGUAGAGUGUACCAUAUAAUUAUCAAAAUGGUUCUGUCUGGAACUUAUCUCUUUUAGUCAUAGGGACAAAGAUUUCUCAGCAAGGCAUAGCCCUGGACAUCACUGUUUCUAACCAAAAUUUGGCCAUGAGGUAUAACUUAAGCUUUUGAUUUGAUUAAGAAUGCACUUCAUAUUUACAGCUGUAUCACUUAGACCGAAAUACUCAAUGCUAAUAUGAUGUGACUCAGUCAAAAUAAUGAGCACUACUUUCACCAUGCUUCCAGCUGGAGAGAGCCAAAGGGACUGUGUUUGAAUAACAACCAAAAUGUUUGGGCUUUUGAAGGAGGGACAAUGUGACAGAUUAUCCCCCUGUCACGACUUUUCUUAUCUGUUUCAAAUGGAUUGAACCUGGCAAGCUCCAAUUACUGUGCUCUUAAUUAUUGUCCAAAGUUUAUGUAGUGAUUAAAUCCAGUGAGAGACUUGUCUAACAACUCAUCACAGAAAUAUAGGGAUAUUUUCCAAACCAAAGGGCUUGAUGAACUUAAAUAAACUGUUGUUUCCAAAAUAAGGUCUAAGGUUUCGGGGUUUUUGACUCAUUUCCCCAUGGGAACAGUCUGUGGUGUCAGCUACAUAGGCUGGAAAGGAACCUUACUGGUUGUGUUUCUCUGUUGAAGAAAUAUGGCAAUUUAAUAGUUAUAGUCUUCUACUAAGCAUUGCCAUGGCUAUAAUUAUCCUUAUUUUUCACUGGUUCUGUAAAUUACAUCUCAAACUGAUUCCUGGAGUAUUUUCCUUGGUAUGAAAUGAAUGGAGACCACUACAUAAGAGCAUGGAUAAACUUCUGUAGUUUCCAUAAUUCCAGUGAUUCUUGAGCAGAAAAAAUAUCCCAUCAGAUUGUGCACAAUGGUAUUGUUUUGGUGAGUUUUUUAUGGCUUGUCCCAAAAAAUGGUCAGUCCCCUUUCACUUUUCAGACAACUACUGGAAGAAUAGGCUAUUUAGGUGUUAUAUAAAUUUUGUCUAUAAAUGUACAUGCCUAUAUAGUUGGUCAGUCUUAAGUCUUUCUGUUGAACAAUUAGAAUGGACAAGGGAUUCUGAAUUGACUAAGAGCUGAACGGGUCAUCUUCUUUCUUUAAAACAAGGUUUUCUGCAAGUCUUGCCUUGAUAGCUGAUAAUAAAAUCCACCUCUUAGGCCGGAUGGAAUGAGUUGUCACCAGCUCAUUCAGCUGAAGUGUACCUUGCACUUCAGAGGGAGAAAAGGGGAUGGAAAGAAGUUUAAAAGGCCAUAAUUUUCUUGUUAUUUCUUUAAAACUUUCACUUGUGACAAAUGUGGCAAGAACUUUCAAGUUAGACGUGUAGAAAGCGCAGCAUGGUAGCUUUGGUUAGCACUUCAGUAUGAAAUGUGGCACUUUCAGAGAACCUGCUGUUGCACUGAAGAAAAUGAGCAGGCUGUACUUUUUAUAGCAAAUUACUAAUAGAAUGUCAAGGCUUGCCAUUGGUGUGAACAAAAAGAAGAAAAGAGAAAAACACCAUAUUUCCCAUUAGAAUGUUUUAUUUAAAAAAAAAAAACAAAUUAAAGGUGAUGGGAUGCAGUCACUAAUAAGUCGUAGUCAUUUUAAUUGAUUUUAAACCUUUUUCCUCUUCUGAAAAUGGAAGCUUUUUUCCUAGUUUAUGUUUUGCAGAUAAUCAGACUUUAUUAAAUGUACUGUGCUGCAUAUUAUGAUGCAUCUUUCUAUUCAAUUCACUGAUGUUGUCACUUUGCAUCUAUUUACCAACAUUCUCACAAGUGAUCUCAGUAUUUUUUGUUCAUUUUUAGUAGAAAUUAAUGGGCAUUUGGAAAUUUUACACAGACGAAAGAUUAUCUGACUACUUUGGAAACUGCAGAAUGUACCAUUUUAUAUUAUCAAGGGAGUGUAGGUUUUCUGUGUGGUAUGUCUUAAUAUUGUAUUUUUAUUUUGUUUUUGGUGAAUAUGAUCUACUUGGUUACCAGCAAAUGAAGAUUUCGUUGCAGCAAUGAUGGAAAAUCACCAUUAUUUAGUUCUCACAGUUUCUCAGCAAAAUACCGUAAAAAUAGAUGCUGGUCCCUAAGAAUUAGAAUCGUAGGAUGUUCAUCCCUGCUCUUAUAUAUAGAUUUCCAGUUGCAAGCCAGCAAUUAAAUUCUGGUAACAUUUCUGCUCCAAACCUUGAAAGAAGUUCUAGUGAAAGUAUUUGCUAAUGGUGUUUGACUGCAUUUCUGAACUGACUUUUCUCUGUGUAUUAACUCAUUCAUGUACUUCAGUAGAACUGGUGUUGGAGUCUGCAGAAAGUGAAUUUUUUUAUCCCAGGAGUGGGGGCAUUUUCCCCAAGGUCAUGCUUGGAAGCCUGCUGUUCAGAGGAGAAACCCCAGUUUACUGAUUAGCUUUGCUCAGUUUGUUUUUAAGUAAGUGGCAUAACUCCGCACAGGCAACACACACCAUGGUCAAGGAAGGUUAUCUGUUGCUUUGUGUGAUGUCUGAAAUGAUAAAUUGUAGUUAACAGCUAUUGCUGCACUUCCAGAGGCUGCUGCAUCAUGGAGACUAUCAUGAAAUUAUGAAGGGGAAUACUCAGAGGAUGGGAAACAGAAGCAGACAAACUGGGUUUUGUGUUGUACUUUUGGAAGCUCAAACAGUGGUUUGCAUUCUAAAUUAAGAUUAGUACGAACAAUGAAUUGGUGUAAUAUCUUUAACUGAGCUAUAGUUGGGCAGCUCCUGUUCUUUCCUGUUGUGCCUGUGUUUUUAUAUCAAACAAAUCCAGCUGAAGCUUGUUACUUACUGCCUUUUUUUAAUCUUGCUGUUAAAUACAAGCUCCUAUUGUUUGGAGCUAAAUAAUCGGCUCAUCCUUAUGUAGACAAGAACAAAGACCGUAAUAGCACAUCUGGUUUAUCUCUUAGUAGAGCAAAGAUUAAUUAAGUGGUAAUGGUGCAACUUUUCUUAAUAACUCUUCUAAAUAAAGCAAGCUUGAAAAUGGGAAAAAAGAGAUCUGUCACUUAGAUGCCUCUUGUAGUUUUGUUGACAGGUUUGGAGGGGUUGUUAAAAUUCUCUUUCAGUUGAGGGUGGGAAUAUUUUUGUUCAUGGGUUUUCUGGAAUUCAGAAAUCCUGUUCCUUUAAAUGAUAGAACAAGUUGUUGUUGUUGUUUAGUCGUGUCCGACUCUUCGUGACCCCAUGGACCAGAGCACGCCAGGCACUCCUGUCUUCCACUGCCUCCCGCAGUUUGGUCAGACUCAUGUUUGUGGCUUCGAGAACAGUGUCCAACCAUCUCGUCCUCUGUAAUCCCCUUCUCCUUGUGCCCUCCAUCUUUCCCAACAUCAGGGUCUUUUCCAGGGAGUCUUCUCUUCUCAUGAGGUGGCCAAAGUAUUGAAGCCUCAGCUUCAGGAUCUGUCCUUCCAGUGAGCACUCAGGGCUGAUUUCCUUAAGAAUGGAUAGGUUUGAUCUUCUUGCAGUCCAUGGACUCUCAAGAGUCUCCUCCAGCACCAUAAUUCAAAAGCAUCAAUUCUUUGGCGAUCAGCCUUCUUUAUGGUCCAGCUCUCACUUCCAUACAUCACUACUGGGGAAACCAUGGCUUUUACUAUACGGACCUUUGUUGGCAAGGUGAUGUCUCUGCUUUUUAAGACGUAGUCUAUGAUGGUCAUCCGAACUGAAUUCGCCUUUUCCCGUCCAUUUUAGUUCACUGAUGCCCAGGAUGUCAAUAUUUAUUCUUGCCAUCUCAUUUUUGACCACAUCCAACUUACCAAGGUUCAUGGUUCUUACAUUCCAGGUUCCUAUGCAAUAUUUUUCUUUACAGCAUUGGACUUUCCUUUCGCUUCCAGGCAUAUCCGCAACUGAGCGUCCUUUCGGCUUUGGCCCAGCCGCUUCAUCAGCUCUGAAUCUACUUGUCCUUGUCCUCCGCUCUUCCUCAGUAGCAUGUUGGACGCCUUCCGACCUGAGGGGCUCAUCUUCCAGCGUCAUAACUUUUAUAUGCCUGUUGUCUUUGUCCAUGGAGUUUUCUUGGCAGGGAUACUGGAGUGGCUUGCCGGUUCCUGCUCCAGGUGGAUCACGUUUGGUCAAAACUCUCCACUAUGACCUGUCCAUCUUGGGUGGCCCUGCACGGCAUAGCUCAUAGCUUCUCUGAGUUAUUCAAGCCCCUUCGCCACGGCAAGGCAGUGAUCAAUGAAGGGGAGAACAAGUUAACACUAUUCAAAAAGGCUUGCAGAAGCUUGUCUUCAGGACUUGUAAAUGAAGAUACCCAUUUUGGUAAAGAAAGAAUAGAUUUGUCCCAAGCGUUUAAAAAGUGUAACAUUUUUGAGGCACACUCCAAUGUCUCGAGACAGACAGAUGCCAACAACCUGGUCCCCAUGUUGUUCAGCUUAUAUCUUUCUCAUGCCCUAAAAUUGCAUCUGCAGUGUGGGGGUAAUAAUACUCCUCUCUAGCUUUGUGGGUUGUUGAAAAGAUUACUGAGAUAAUGUGAAGGGCUUUAGGCACUUGAAAUGACUGUCUAAAUGCUAUGCUGUUGUUCUAUAGUACAAUCCCAGUAAAAAUAUUAGAUUUCCCUCAAUUUCCCAUGAACUGCAUCAGAAAAAUUAUUACCUUGUUUCCUUGACUUUGAGAGCUCCUGGCUGUUGUUAGCAGGUUCUUUAUGGGAGGGAGGUGGUACCACCUCCACAUAGCCCUUGGGUUAUGAUAGUGAUGGGAGUGAUGCUAUAUCCUUUCCACUGAAAUGGCUCACUGUCCAUUACUGUUCCCUUCCUGUGGCCCGACUUUGUGCAACAAAGCACCGCCAUGUGCAGCUGAGGCUCUCUUCUUUGUCUUGGCCUUGCCUGUUUCCAUUAAGGAUGAUCUUGCAAGCCUCUCUGGGCGCCCAGAACCUCCCUGCUACUGACUCCCUUCUUCACACCAGUUUCACCUAUUUGAACAGUAUUCUGGAAUUGAUCAGUCACCCUCCCAGAAAGUGACAGCUAGAUGUAAAGAGAACAAGGACAUUUCACUACCUGUAAAUAGCAAAAAGAAGAGCUAAAUAUGCAACCUUGAGAGUUGAUUCAUAGCAGCAUUUUUGGCGCAAUUAACAGCUUAAGUGUUUUUAAGGCAGUACUUGAUUGAUCAGAUGGACAGAAUGCAAAUGUGGCUUCCCACAUUUAAACAGUAUUUUCCUAUAGCACCUAAUGGGGCCGCGUUAAGUAUUUGAAGGAAGAUAAUCUCAGUUACCCUGCUGCUACCCACAGACGGAACACUAAUAACAGAUUAAUAGUAAUAAUUCUGUGUUUAAAUCUUCAGAUUAUAGUGUUCAUCCCAUAUACCAGCAUUUGGUCUUUUGUGCAAUUCUAAACGUUAAUAAUACAUACUGUAUGAUUACAUAUAAACAAAUGUUUUAAGAGACAAUGCUGUUAUCCAAAUGAAAAAAAUAAUAAUAUUUGGGUUAAGAAACUGAAGGUGUAAAUAUUACCCCUUUUGCUCAUAAAUAGUAUAUCACAAGCCACAGGACAAACUUUGAUUAUAUUUUAUGGUUUGCCAGGAAAUAGCUGAAACACAAGCCCAGCUUCAGACAACAUGCUAAACCAAACCAUGGCUUACCUCAGCUCAGCAGCCGAACAGCUAUUUCAGAGCAAAGUGGCCUCCAUUUCCUCUCUAGACGCCUGGCUUAGUGUGACAUGUGAAUCAGGCCAUUGAGCUUUCUGUGAUGCCCUUGGAAGGAUACAGUGGUUUUGAAUCUCAGCAUUGGGCAAAUUCAGCUACUGUGGAUUACUCACAUGUGUUCUUUAAGCAGUAUAGAGGUUUCUUCAUAUAUAUCUCAAGACUGUUUAGGUGUUACUCUAUGCACUUUGAAAAGCCACUGCCCGUUCGCUUUUCAGCAAACCUGCAGGUUUCAUGCUAUUGCCUACAUGGCAGUCUUCUCUCUUUUUUAAAUUCAUUUUUAGGACUUGUGUGCACUGUGUUGAUAAAACUACAGCAUAUGUCAGCAAAAAAUGCAUAUUUAUUUCAGGGAGAGAGUAUUUGUGAGGGAUUUGGUACUGAAGGAGCCUGCAAGUAUAGAGUGGCGAGUUUAUGCUUGAGAUUGAUAUGCACAUAUCCAAAUAUUCCAAUAUUAAGGUCAGUAGCAGUCAUUCUGGAACUGAAGCCAAAGCAGCUAUUAUUUUAGAAGUGUUGUGGACUUCUAACCCUAGUCAAAUUUACAGCAUGAAGGAAGGCCUGUGUAUCAUGUUCAGCUAAAGAUAUUUGAAGCAGAAAAAAAUUGGGAUGAGUAACUUGAGAAAAUUUUAUAAGUAGCACAGCAACAGCACAGUACAAGGCCUGAGCCUUUGUAAGACAGGUAGGCUUGACCUUUGAAAUGGAAAUUGCAAAGCCAGUGGCUUUGCUAAAUAAGGAAAUUAAUGGGUUUAGAGUAAUUGGAAACUACAUGAUUAUCUGUAUUAUGACCACUUAAAUCUCAUUUGGAUAAUUAGACCCACAUAUAUUAUAACUUUGUGGUUAAUGGGAAUAAAAAGGCUUUUAAUAUAUGGCAAAAGUAGACAUUCUCACACCCUACAGAAGCCUAAUUUUGGUUAUAUCCUUUUCUUUGUAACUCUUAGGAAAUAAUAUGUAACCUCUAUAACUGAUGCUUUUAAAAGGUUACACUAUUUCAAUUAUUAUCUGAUUGAACAUUUUUUCUCUUUAAAUUAUUUUUACUCUGAGCAUUCCUUAUAAGUUAUGUAUCUGUUUUUCAAAUUUGAUUAUACCUUUUUAUCUUAGUAAAACUAUUUUAGGUGUCAUCUAAGACUGUGUAUCUUGACCUGAGAUAUGUGACUGAGAGGCAAUCCAGGGGGAAAUAUAAAUUAGACCCAGACAUAGUGAUUUCUGGGCUUAGGAACAAUUUAUUUCACAUGCAAAUAUUUCUCUAGGGUACAUGGGUUUGCUCAUUUCUUGGUUUAGUAACUCUGUCCUUCAUUACUUGCUUGAGUCAUUACUUAAACUCUUUCCUUGUUGAAUUUCACACUAAAAAAUAGAAGUAGUCAAAGUUGGCCUUAUAUUGGUCUUUGAAUUAUUGUGGAGGACCUUGAGCUUCUUGUUUGUUGGGCAUUGUAAGUUCAGUGCUGAGAUCAUGGGAAUGCGUAACUGAGUUUGAGACUGGGGAAUUAUUUUAUUUAUUCUGUUUUUAAAAGUACCGUAUUUUUCGCUCUAUAGGACACACUUUUUCCCCUCUAAAAAUUAAGGGGAAAUGUGUGUGCGUCCUAUGGAGCGAAUGCAGGCUCCUUGGCUUCAGCGAUAGCAGCGCGAAGCCUCCGAAGCGCAAAGGGAGCGCUCCCUCCGCGCUCCAGAGGCUUUGUGUUGCUUUUGCUGAAGCCUGGAGAGCGAGAGGGUUCGGUGCGCACCGACCCCUCUCGCUCUCCAGGCUUCAGGGAUAGCCGCCUGAAGCCUUUGGAGCACAGCGGGACCUCGCGCUGCACUCCGAAGGCUUCGGGUUCCUUUUGCUGAAGCCGGAAGAGCAAGACUCUCCCGGCUUCAGCAGAGAGGGAGAGCUACGCAGCGCCCCUUCAGCGAAGCGGGAGGAGAAAUGGAACGGGCUCCGUUUCUCCUGCCGCUUCGCUGAAGGGGCACUGAGCAGAGAGGGGGAGAUUUUUUUUUUCUUGUUCUCCACCUCUAAAACAAGGUGUGUCCUAUGGUCGGUUGCGUCCUAUAAAGCGAAAAAUACGGUAUGUACCACUCAUGUAAAAUAUUGAGGCAGUGUACAACACAAAAUGGGACGCAGGUGGCGCUGUGGUUUAAACCAUAGAGCCUAGGACUUGCCGAUCAGAAGGUCGGCGGUUCGAAUCCCCCGCAACGGGGUGAGCUCCCGUUGCUCGGUCCCUGCUCCUGCCAACCUAGCAGUUUGAAAGCACGUCAAAGUGCAAGUAGGUAAAUAGGUAAAUGGCAUUGCCGUGUGCUGCUCUGGUUCGCCAGAAGCGGCUUAGUCAUGCUGGCCACAUGACCUGGAAGCUGUACUCCGGCUUCCUUGGCCAGUAAAGCGAGAUGAGCGCCACAACCCCAGAGUCGGCCACGACCGGACCUAAUGGUCAGGGGUCCCUUUACCUUUACCUUACAACACAAAAUAUUCUAAAAAACAGAAAAAACCACAAGAUCAUUGCAGAAUUCUCUAGCUUAUUUCCUCCCAGGAUCCUUUGGAUUAUUUUUGGGAUAUAGCAAAUAGAUCUCAGGCAGAUGGCUGAUGAUACUGAUCUGUGACCAUGAAAGUGAAGAAGAUACAGAUUCUCAGUAUUUAUACCAGGCCAAUCCAAACCAGAUGCUUCAGAUUACUUGACAGUUGCAGGGACAAAUCUUAAUGUUUCCUUUGGUCCCUGGAGGAGAUUUGAGAACUGAGUGCCCACAGUCUCAUUUCCUCACCAGACUAGGUCUCAAUCUCAGUCUUUGAGGUUCUUGGUGUCAAAACCAAAUACCUGCUAGGAAUAAUUGGGGCAUAAGUUAAAACCUCACAUUCUACCCAAAUGCAGCAAGGUUUUGUUGCCUUUCUUUAAUGUUCUUAAAAUGUAAUAUUCUGUUUGGCCUCUAUCCCUGUCACCCUGUCCAAAAGUGUAGAUAUGCAAUCUUCACUUCCAGUUUCGGGGAUUGGUUGUAUGGAGACUGGGAAGCCAUGAAAAUUAAAGACUCAGAUCAUCGUUUGUACACCCACCCAUUGCAAAGUGGCAGGAGGGACCAAAAGCGUUAUCAGGGUACAGGACACUUUCCUACUAAGCAGAGCUGAUGGUACCUUGCAGUGUACAAUUUGGCAGCGGAAAUGGUUAUGACAAAAGAGAGGGGAGGUUUAUGAGAGGCAUGGAUAAUGCUGGGGGGAUUACAUUUUUUGAAGCGCUUCACUUCUUGUCCAUUGACAGACAAGAGUGUCCUGAUAGAAAAUAUCCCUAUUGCAUCCCACAGAAGCCUCUUCACUGAAGUCCUUUUUAUAGCUUGUAUUAUGUCGCUUACUUGCUGCUUUCUACCACCUGCCAGCUUAGCACCUGCUCCGUUCUGAUGUCAUGCAUCUGAACAAUGUGUCCUUCCCAGCUGAGUGUCGAUUAUGACGGCCUCUGUGUUUACACGGUUAGCGCUCUUCAACUACAUUGUCGGUGAUCUUGUCCUGCCACCUAAUACAAAAUAAAUAAGGCAGGUGUCUUUAAUGAAAACUCUUCAGCUGUCUAAUAGGUCUCUGAGUGCUUAUGCUUCCAGUUGAUAGAUUGGGUUUAAAACAAAAACGAAGAACGAUGGUGGCCUUCAUCUUCCCUGCGAAGCUUAAUGACCUGUUUUUGUUAGUUCAACUAAAAAGCACUUUUGCUGUUUACGUGAGGAUGGUUGUCUCAACAAACAUUUUGAGGUUGUAAAUCCAAAGGGGUGGAGAAAAUUGGGGAACUUCACAUUUGGAACAAAUAAAUGAUUCUGAUUCAAAGGAGAGCAUAGCUUUGAAUAUUGUGAAUGUGUCUGGAGGGAGAAGAGGGAAGGUGUUGUAAAUAUAAAUUUUCUGUCACUGGUUUCUGUGAUCUCACAUAGAAUAAAUUGGCAAAAUGAGCCUCUCAGUUCAGUAACACAGCCUAAUUUAUGUAAAUUCUCUUCAGAAUAGGCAUUAACCUUGAUCCUUACUUCCUCUGUUCUGCUUUAAAUCUUGCCUUUGAUACAGUAAUUGUAAUAAAAACAGAAUAUUCCAUGAUUAAUUGCCUUUUCCCUUACUCACUUUCAUUUCUCUUUCCAAUAUAUUGAGAAACGUGUUAUUGAUAUCCCUCCACCACAGCAUUUGGCAAUCAUUAAGCAGUGGUAUUUGUUUAACAAAAUUUAUGUGACUUUAAAAUAGACAGAAUAGACCGAGUAUUUAGUUUUUAAGCUUCAAAAAUCGGCUAGAACACAAUAAAAAUGUAUUAAAAUGCCAUAAAAUACUCAUUCCCAGCCAAGUUGUACCAUAGAAUCAGCAAGAUAAAUUCCAUAAUGACCUAUUAUACUCUCUAAUUCACAUGGAUAUUUGGUGUUGCUAAUGCAUAAGAGGUAGUGCAGGGUAAUCUUGUUAACCAUGCCCCAUGAUAAAUCAGAAAUAUACUGAGAGAGAGAGAGACUGAGAGACACACACAUAAAUUUCAGAAUUAUGUUCGUUUGGAGAAAAGGUGUGUUGUGAUUGUGAAAUUUGUUUUUGUUUUGACCCCCUUACAUAUGGAGAGACGCUAAGCAAGAUGAGAUGCUGACAGUGUUUUAGAAAGGGCUGCUUGUUACUGGACAGAACAGUGUCCUUCCACAAUAGCAAAAGUAAAUAUCUUUGAUAGUCAUAAAUAUUCAAAACUAGAUUGCUUGAACAUGCUUCAAAGAUCAAGUAACUGGAAGACAUAAUAAACAGAAGUACUAAAUAAAUGGCCCCGGAAAUGACCGUGUUGAGACAACAGGGGUCAGUGUCUUCUGUGAUGUCGUGACCAGAGCCUGAGUCAGAAACUAAACUCUAAAUGCAAUGUUUAUGCAACUCAAGAAUCGGUUUUUUAGCUGCUGACCCUUUCUCUUUUGUGGUUUUGCACUGAUUUCAUGGAAUUGUGAUUUUAUAUAUUGUAAGUAUCUUUGACUAGAGGUUUGGAAUAUAAAUGCUCUAAAUAAACAAAGAAACAAAUAAAUUAUUGACUAUAUCUGUUUACAUAAAAGGCAGGCUUUAGCUUGUGUGAUAAAGGGUCUGUAUUUCAGUUUGAUAUCGUAAGUGCGGGUUUAGCCUUUUCUUGAAUUUAUAUCUGCUGUAACAUAAUUAUAAAUAAAAAGGGGCAUAUGUUAAACAGCUCUCGAUUCAAAUUUUAAACAUCUGAUUUAUUAAAAUGAUCCUUAACCACUGCUGAAAUUGCUGUACUUGCACAGAAGUGCUCACUUUCAAGACAUAUGAGGAAGAACUGACGUUUGUCAACCUUGAUGGUUAUUGUUGGGAACCUGAGAGAUGUGUUCCUUCCCCCACUGACUUUAAUUUUGCUAGUGUGAGGAAGGGAAUUCAAUAGUGAGAGGGAAAUGUGCAGAAAGUGUGUGCUGUGCUGAAAGCUACCAUUUAUAGAAAAAUAUUAAAAGCAAAGAUAGUAAGGUUUUAACUAUUGUUGUUGGUAGCAUUGUAAACAGGAUGGGAUUCAAUAUAUGUGUACAGCUAACCUCUUAUUUGUGUGACUGCUUAUUUUACAAUAACCUAGGCUUUUUGUGGGGCUUGCUUUGAUAGUCUUGGAAGCUUCAUCUUUAUGUGUUUUGUAGUAUAAAAGGUAAAAGUAAAGGGACCCCUGACCAUCCUACUUGCACUUUGACGUGCUUUUGAACUGCUAGGUUGGCAGGAGCAGGGACUGAGCAACGGGAGCUCACCCCGCCGCACGGAUUCAAACUGCCGAGCUUCUGAUCGGCAAGUCCUAAGCUCUGUAGUUUAACCCACAGCGCCACCCACAUCCAGUAUAUAUUAGUUCCAGGGAUGGUAGCUCAGUGGCAUGCAUAAGUUCUCCGAUUCAAUCGCUGGCAUCUCCAGUUAAAAGGAUCAGAUAGCAGUUGGUGGGAGAAAUCUCUGCCUGAAACUCUGGAGAAUUGCUUCCAGUCAAAGCAGACAGUACUGGGUUACAUGGACAAAGUUUGAUCUGGUAUAAGGCAGCUUCCUAUAUCCUCCAUAUAUUCAGUACCACAUUUCUAGUGAAUGAUAAGAUCCAACAGUCCAAAGGUGAAUCAACUUGUCUGACAAUUGGAGGGUACCUAAAAUCUCUUCCUCAUAACAAAUGACAGAUAUUGAGACAGGUGCUCCUUCACAGACCUCAAGUGACAAUGUUGCUUCUAGAGGUACGCUCCCAACCUGUAUAUUUUCAUUCUUAAUGGGAACUAACUACCCACGAUCUGAAUAUCUUAAAUAGAACCACAUAACUCAUCAUUCUCCAAACAUAUUUAUAAAAGCAUUGAUUUAACACCAUAAGUGUUCUUUUCCUGUUUCUUCAGAAAAAAAUGAGAUAUGCAAAGAAUUGCUAUAUAAAUAUAGCAGUUUUCUGCUUGGUUUUUUAAAAUAGUAUAAUUGUUAAAAUAAAAAAAGGGGGAAAUAUUGGAAGUUUCAGACAAAACUCAUUGCUUUUUGGAGUGUCUCUUUAAAACUCAGAAGUGUCCAAAUUAAACAAAUUCUUGUUUUUCUGCAUGUCUUGUGCACAAACAAAGCGUUUACAGGUGUCUGAAGAAUGACUGCCAGGGAAUGUGUCCCAUAUAGCAUUCAAGAUUUAAAUGUGAAUUGGUUGCUGCUCUGCAACACAAUCUUUUCAGAUGUGCCCACAUGUUGACUAUUUUAUAGUCAGCAAGUAUAUAAGUAGAUAUAAGCACAGCUGGAUUCCAGGCCUAUAAUAAACUGCUAGACUGAAGUUUCAGUGAAUAUUCAUAUGUAUUUCUACUUUAUUGUUCCAUACUUUAUAUUCUUUGCAUGAAUUUUGCCUUAGUUACAUGGUGGGGAAAAUAACCACAUUACUACAUCCGGAAGUGCAAAUUAAAAUAGCAUCAAGCAACCUUGUGAUUGAGCAAGGAGGAGGGAGAAAGCUUUGCAAUAAGUGUUUCAGGGCUAUAUUCCUGAAAGACAUAGUUUACUAAGGCCAUGCUUCUUUUUCUUUUGCUAUUUUUGUUCUGCUAGCCAUUAUGAACAUUUCACAUGUUCUACAGAAGCGCUCAGGAAAGAGAACAUGAACAAAGUACCGUAUUUUUCGCUCUAUUGGACGCAGUUUUCCCCCUCCAAAAAUUGAGGGGAAAUGUGUGUGCGUCCUAUGGAGCGAAUGCAGGCUUGUGCCAUAGCUGCGCGCAACCCCUCCGGCAGGGAGAGGCUGAACAGGGCUAUGGCUUCUUUAGCCCCACGCAGCCUCUCCCGGGAGGGGCUAAAGGGGAAGCCAAAACAGCGAGCGGGAUCCAUCCCGUUUGCUGCCUUGGCUUGCUCCAUAGCUGCGCGCAACCCCUCCGGCAAGGAGAGGCUGCACGGGGCUAAAGAGGAAGCCAAAACAGCGAGCGGUAUCCAUCCGGCAAGGAGAGGUUGUGCGCAGCCUGUACGCUGCUCUUUAGGGCUGGGGGGGGGAUUUUUUUUCUUGAUUUCCCCCCCUAAAAACUGGGUGCGCCCUAUGGUGCGAAAAAUACGGUACUUAUCUCAUUUAAUCCCCCCCCCCUUUGUGCAUGUGGGGAUUUGAGUCAUAAUUGGAAUGUCAGUGCAGUGGAGAGAGUGGACGACUGCAGCUUCGGGGGUGAAGUGUUGGAGAGUUACAACGCCUGUUGUAGCUGAGAGACCAAUACGUGAGAGACAUGUUUUGUUACAGCUAGGACAGAUAAACGUGUCCUGUAAUGCUCAUGCAGGUAUACCAUGGAGUUUGUUCUUUCUGCACUCCUCCCAGCUGUCAUUCCUCCUCUGGUAACUGACUCGUGUGAGUGAAAAGCUACAUAGAAAUUGAAUGAAUGAAUGACUCCCUCCAGACACGGUGGUCAUCUGCAAGGGAUUUCCACGUGGCGGGAUUAAUGUCACACUUGCAGACAUCUUUGUAAGGCACGGUUGGUCUGGAAAUAAGGGGUAAAGUCACAAACUCAGUUUGUAUGGUGCUUUGCAGAAGUUAGUGGGCAUGGCAUAUGAAGAUCAAGUCAAUUGAGAAAUACAGGAAACGGAUGCCUAUGGUAGAAUUUUAGGAGAGAUUUAUUGAUUUGUUGACAUUUAAGAUGGAGAAAUGCAAAGGUGUAAUGUAUGCUAGACUUGAUGAGCAUUUGUAAUGUAUUCUUUUUGAAGGGGAAUGUGUUCUAAACAGAUGGAAUCCCAACAAACCAAGUAGCACCUGAAGAAUAGCAACUGUUGAAUGAAGUGCUGGUCGAGUUUCAUCCCUCUAUGUGAUAGUAAUAACCUGCUUUUGCCAAUAAAAUAAAAUAAAAUGGAAUGGUGGACAACUGAUAGCAGAUUGCUUUUCAACAGGCUUUCAUUUGAGAGGCUAUUCUCAAUUGUCUUCCAAUUAUGUGCUGUGUUUGUGUAUUUAAGGAGAUGAGGAGGUUAAACUGCUAUUAAUAUUUCAUGGCUAAUUAGUACAAGCGGGACCAAGAGCUUUACAUCACGGAAGGUGGUUAUUACUUUAGAAGUGGUUGCUAUUAAUGUGAACCCCCUGCAGAAUACAUGUGCACCUUAAGAAAUGUCUGGUUCCUACACCCCUUGCUCGUGCUGAUUGUAACAAGGUUGGCUCACCAAGUCAGUUUUUUCCAGUUUUAAGGAAAAACACCACAUGCAGGUAUCACUUCCCUAGGGUUUAGGAUGGCACAAACUUCAUUAAAAUAUAUAGUCUCAGGCUUGUGGACAUUUGGCCUUGACAGAACUUGCAUCUUCCAGCAUCUUCUUGGUUGUCCGACUUCUGUCAUAAUCUGAACUUCAUUUUGGUCAAUCUACUUUACACAAUGUCUUUCUGCUUCUCUCUGAUAAAAAAUAAUUAUUUAAUGAGAAUUAUGCCCAAGUAUAUCUCUUUGUACCCAGGAGACUCCCUUGAAAAGGAAUUUCAUGCCCAGAUUGGCAAGUGAAACACAAAAUCUUAGUUCAGAGUCCCAACCAUGUUCCAGGCCUUAAAGCAUUUAUUUGCUCUUGCCUUGUGUGUGUUUCAGGGCCAAACAAUUUUGUGGUGGUUGCUGAUGAAGAAUAGUCCUUGCCAGCAUAUUUAAAACACUCUGCAAGUUUGGCUGGAGUGCUUUUCUUCCUAUACACGGGAGUAAAAUGAAGAGGUAAAAAGUUUUUGUUCGUUUUGAACGCCCUCCCAUUAGAUGUCAAGGAAAUAAGCAACUAUCCUAUUUUUAAAAGACAUCUGAAGGCAGCCCUGUUUAGGGAAGUUUUUAAUAUUUAAUGCUGUAUUGUUUUUAAUACUCGUUUGAGAGCUGCCCAGAGUGGCUGGGGAAACUCAGCCAGAUGGGCGGGGUAUAAAUAAUAAAUUAUUAUUAUUAUUAUUAUUAUUAUUAUUAUUAUGCAUUAUAAAGUAAUGAAAGCUGUAUACAUUAAGCAUGAAGGGUAAGCAGUGCUAGCAGAUGGAAUAGACCAGACACAGUAGAGAUGUAGGUUCCCACACACUAGGGAAGUACACACAGUAAUCCUUGUCUUGGAGCUCUUUGUGGAUGAAGCCAGGUAGCUUUAGGAGACUAAUGCACCAAGAACUACUGCUGCAUGCUACCUACACACAUUUCAGUGAGAGUUGUCCAGAAUUGGACCUUAAUUCUCAUAAUAUGUAACCUAUGAUAACUCGUGUCAAAAUGUUAGGUGCCUACAGGACUCCUGAUGUUUUGGAUGCAACAUGCUAAUUAUCUGGAAUUCAGUUUAAUUAUGUGUCUCUGGCUUCUACAGCUCUGCCUAUCUCCAUAGAAACGUGCACUUUAACAAGUCAUAUUGGGAAUUCUGAUGGUUUUGUAAUGGUUUGAUAUAAUGCUUCUUCUAGGAUUUGGGAGGUCUUAACGAAUGCCAUAAGCAAAUGAACUUUGGUGGGUGCCUCCUUUAAAAAAAACAACUCUAGGAAAAAUGUUUUCUCCUUCAGUUUCUCUUCUAUUUCCCAUGCAUGUAAACAGCAUCUUUUAAAAUAUGAUUUUCCUUAAGAACUGGGUGGAUCAUUGCCAUUUUGCAGUCUGACCUGCAGUUGACCAACCCAAGCAAACUUUGGCUAAGCUGCACUUCAACCAGCAAUUUAAUUCUCCAGUUGUCUGUCUGGAUCACAUUGGUUCUUAAUUUCUUCCUCUUUGUUUCUUUUUGGGAUAGUCAUACAUACUGUAUUUUUUGCUCUAUAGGACGCACUUUUUCCCCUCCAAAAAUUAAGGGGAAAUGUGUGUGCGUCCUAUGGAGUGAAUGCAGGCUCCUUGGCUUCAGCGAUAGCAACGCAAAGCCUCCGGAGGCUUCGCGUUGCUUUCGCUGAAGCCUCCGGAGCGCAGUGGGAGGUCCCACUGUGCCCUGGAGGCUUCUGGUUCCUUUUGCUGAAGCCAGAGAGUGAGAGCUGCGCAGUGCCCCUUCAGCGAAGCGGGAGGAGAAAUGGAAGGGGCUGCUUCGCUGAAGGGGCGCUGAGCAGAGAGGGGGAGAAUAUUUUUUCUUGUUCUCCCCCUCUAAAACAAGCUGUGUCCUAUGGUCAGGUGCAUCCUAUGGAGCGAAAAAUACGGUACAUAACUAACUAACUUAUGUACACAUAAUCUAAUGUAUAUGUACAGAUAAUCAGUGUAUGCUGAUCAAUAGGAAAACAUUAGGGAUGCUGUAUGAUCAAAAACAUUUUUCCUAUUUUUAAUUUGUUUUGGAAAUAUUGAGAGAGGAAAUAGCACAUGGUCGUUCUUUCUAUGUUGAAGUGUCACAUUUUAAACAAAGAUCCCACACGUUGUGUGUGUGUCUUCCUGUGAUAAAGCAUUUUAAAAAUCUAUAUUUCAAAACACAUAAGCAGCCAGCUCUUGUUGGUGUGUGGGUGGUAUUGGGUAAUUAGGCCUUGUUAAUAUCUUGCUUCCCUGUUCCAGAUUGGAUCAAUACCCUUUCAACAUUUAAUUAUCAUACAUUUAAAAUAGACAGCAAUUAACACAUGCUUCUAACACCAUUUAGGAAAUGAAAGUUGUAUACGCUAAGCAUAUUUUUGCACAAAUGUAAUUUUGUUUAGAAGUGUGCUGAUGAAGACCUAAUAUUGAGAAGCAUAUCCAGUUUUCUAUAGUCUUCUAAUGAUGUCAAUAUGUCUGUGCUUUAAAGAAUGUAUGUGGUAUAAUUACUAGGGGAUGCAUCAUUGCAUUCAGUUAGAGGCUAGGUGAAAAUUCUAAAAUAAACCAUUUCCUGAAAUUGAACUUAAAAGGACUCUGCUCCACUUAAGAGUAAAACUCUAAAGUUUAAACAUGUAUAGCUAUUCAUGAUGGCAUGUUACAUCUAAUAUUUGAAUCAAAGAGGGAUAUGUAGCUUUUCUCGUCCUUCCAUAUUGGAAGCUAAACAUGCCAAAAUGUGUCACCCUAGUGUGCAGAAGCCAUUUCAAAUCCAACGGCAAUUUCCACAACAGUGGUUGCUUUUUCCAGCCUCCAUAAAUAGUGGAAUCCCAAUACUACCUUGAUAUAUGUAAAGGUAAAGGGACCCCUGAUCAUUAGGUCCAGUCGUGGCCGAUUCUGGGGUUGCGGCACUCAUCUCUCUUUAUUUGCCGAAGGAGCCGGCGUACAGCUUCCGGGUCAUGUGGCCAGCAUGACUAAGCCGCUUCUGGCGAACCAGAGCAGCGCACAGAAACGCCAUUCACCUUCCCACCAGAGCGGUACCUAUUUAUCUACUUGCACUUUGACGUGCUUUUGAACUGCUAGGUUGGCAGGAUCAGGGACCGAGCAACGGGAGCUCACCCCGUUGCGGGGAUUUGAACCGCCGACCUUCUGAUCGGCAAGUCCUAGGCGCUGUGGUUUAACCCACAGCGCCACCCGCGUCCCUGUCUCAUUAAAGCCAAUAGUCUCAUUAAAGCCAAUAUGUUAUGCUGUCAUGCAUUCUCAUUCACAACUGCAUAGUGACAGGUACGUAGGCUUGCAUGUGUAAGCUGCCUGUCAUUGGUGAAUGACAGAUGGAUUGGGGAGCCUAUAUAGCCCCUCAGAUGUUGGGCUUCUAACUUCCAUCAGCCUCAUCUCACGGUCAAGGAUGAUGGGAAGUUUAGUCUAAGCAACAUCUUCAGGGCCACGGUUUCCCACACCUGCACUAAGGUAUCUAGACAUCAAGUUCUGUAGCGUUAAAGACAUUGGCACAGAAAAAAUGUGUAAGCCCCAAUAACUGGAUUCUAGAAACAGUUAAGCAUUAACAUUACUAAAGCUAAGAGAUGUGGAUCUGUAAUCUGGAUGUGAGACCACUGGGAACUGUACAUAAGAGCAGAAUAUGAAUAAAAUAAAUAUUAAACAACAAAUCUAAAAGAAAUAUAUAAGCCUCAUAUGAAUCAGUGAGAAUAUAUAAGCAGGUGCAGAAUAUGAAUCUCGAUGAGUUAAUGUUAACUAUCUGAAAAUGUUAUGAAAAUUGGGCUUUCCUCUCAAUUUCCAGUGUCUGAAGAUAUAAUGUGGAAAGGAAAGGUUUCAUUAAUAAGUGAAAAAGGAGAUGAUAUUUAUGAUUUUUAAAAUGACAAAGUUUAGUACUGUUUCCAUAAUGGUGAUACUUUAGAGAGAGAGAAAAUGAAGACUAGUAGUAGGGGAUAGUGGAAGACAAUUGAUAACUUUACAAAUUAGUAAUUCAUAAAAAUCAGGCAAAACACUAGUGGAGGUUUGGUUAAACUUUAACAGAUUGAGUCAGUCUGACAUCUUAGACCCUGAACCGGUAAAUGAAAUAUUCUUUGUACAUUGUGGGUGAAGUAUGACCUCUGUUGGUCUCAUAAAAAGCAGCCAUUUUCAUUUGAAGCCUAUUUUAUACUGAGAACUCAGCGUGCUUUCAGUCCAGUUCUUAAGCCCACCUAUUGGCUAGUAAUGGGGAUGAAUAUUGUUUACCACACUUUUUAAUGAAUAAUACAAUUACUGGAAAAUGUGUGUGUGUGUGUGUGUGUGUGUGUCCCUUUUGUAUGCCUGUGUGAGAAUAACAAAUUACCUGAAACAAUCUUCAUGGAUUCCCAAGUUCUUUCUCUGUAUGGUUCUUGAAGCUUCAGAUAGUUGUUUUUUGUUGCUUUUUUCUCAUGUCUUGCCCUUUGACAGUGUGUUGUCAGAGGACUAGAGUAGGGCAUAUUACUGUUGGAUUUUCAGAGCAUCUUAUAUCGCUGUUAUGGCCAAAUUAUUUCUAGAGUCAUAGUUGACAGAUUGAUGGCACGUACACAACUUUUUUAUUUUAUUUAGUUUCAAGUAGCUAAGCCUGAGUUUCAGGGUCUGGGUAGAGGUACUUUCCGGUACUCUGGGGAUGGUGCUGUGUAUUAAAUGACAUACCAGUACUUUCUUUCCUCUCCUCUUGCCUCCUCGAAUGCACCUCUAAGCAGAGAGGAAUCUACAUUUCAUUGAGAUGUUUCCUUCCUUUGCAGUUAUUUGUUCCACAGCUGCCACAUGGCUUAGAUGCCAUCAACUGGAAAUGGGGAGGUACCUGCAAGGGAGGUACCUUUCCAGUACCCACACGCUCUCUGUGACACAUCUUGCACUUGACAGAAUAUUUUGCAGUCCUCAUUAAAGUUGUGUGUGUUAUCAGAUUUAUCAGUGCGAUUCUACAUAUGUCUACUCAGAAGGAAGCAUUUUCAACAGAUAGAAUAUAGGUAUAGCACGCAUGUCCAACUUCCAAGAUACUGUGAUCUACCUCACGGUAUAAAAAUAUCGGCUGUGAUCUACCCAUUAUCAUUGCCAGGAAUUGUUAAGCUUGGGGGGGGGGGGUUUGACCAAAGUUGUUGAGCUUUUUUGGGAGGGAACACAAAGGUGAUCACUAACUUGCUACCAUGAUUGACCUGAGGUAUAGGAUAGGAUUGCAGCCUUGUAUUUAAGUAUUAAGGGGUUUGGAUUACUAAGAACUCAAGAUUCCAAGUAAUCUUUAAGUGUUGCUUUACUGACAGAUCUUAGCUUUUUAUAUAAGGUAUUUUCUUACCUGUUCCAUAUUUCUUAAUCCAUGGGAUGCCUCACCAGUGAUUGUGAGAAAAACUAUAUAUUUUAAAAAACACAUUUUUGUUUUUAGAGAAACAGUCAGUACCACCCCCGCCCCAGCAUAGGUUAGCUUUGCUCCUCUCUGCAUAAGUGGAUUUUUAUGCCAACAUAAUUUGUGCAAGCAUCAUUGAAUUUAAUUCCAAGAGGCUAGUUCUACACAUUCUGUCUGAAAUGUGUUUUCAAAAUGACAUCUGGUUUUCAAAGUGCUUUUUGCUACAUAUUAGUGGUUUUAACAUCUGUAUGAACUUAAGUACCAGCAGCAGUGGGUUUUGUACAAAUGCAGCCAAAAGACUAAUUUUGCACUGCUUUUUAAAGAGCAAUAAAAGCUGAACAUAGAUGACACUGCAAACAAUUGAGAGUUUUAAGAUAGUGUAGAAUGACUGAAAACACUGAAGACGUGGUAUUCACAGUAGAGUAUGCUUUGGUAUGUCUUGGGGGCUCAGAAUCAUGUUGUAAUUAAGUCUAAAAAGAUGUUUUUAACCUUUGGAAUUAGACAAGUGCAUAAUAGGACGGUUAGAGAUACGCCUAAGAAAUUUUAAAACUUCAGGUUGAAUCAACUAUUAUUUCAUGCUGUUACUGUAUUUUUCCCAAUGAUGUUCAGUCUGUGUCUUCCCCUGUGGCAUAUGCUUUCAUUCACUUCCUUUCAUCAAAUGGAGUUACAUGCUCUUUAGGCAACUGAAGUACAGUACACCUGAUUUGCUUCUGCUUUCUGCCUGUUUCAUGUCUGUUCUGGGGUUUGUGGGCUGCUCCAUAAGAGAUCUUGUGACAGUGAUUAUUGGUCUUCAACUGGUGGGUCUCAGUCUGAUCCAAAGUGUUGUGGCCUGAUCCAAGGUGGGUUGCAACAGGAGCCCUACCACUGUGCAAAUAUAUGGUAAAUGAUUAAGAAAUGAGUCCCCAAAUAUAUGUUUGGGUUAAAAGUGAGUUCUGGGUCUGAAAACGUUGGAGAUACCUGCCUUAAAUAACCACACAACUUUUCUGUUGUUUGUAUUUUAUUAUAGAAUAUCAGACAGUUGCUCUGUGCUUGUAACUCUGUACCUUAUUUAUAGGUCUCCCAAUGCCAUUCUUCACUUAAGUUAUGUAUAGCUCUCCUGUCAGUCAGCCAGCUCCCUCUUCUCUUUUAUCUUUUUGAAAAAAGCAAUAAUCUGUGAUGUAUUUAUUUGUUUUCCCAGGAUUCAAAUGUGGCAGAUAAAGGAAUGAUAUAUUAAAGAACUAAAAGUAUGUGUGAACAUAAGAGAAUGUAAAAUAUAGAGCAUAGGAGUUUUGUAAUAUCAACCCUGGUUCAUGUCCAUACUUUCGUUGUAUCAGUAUUUAACCGUGGCUGUAUGCAGAUUUCAUACCAAGCCAUGGUUUAGAGCUGCUUGUCUCAAUUUGUUUUUCCAUCUGUUCAGCACCCAGCUUCAUAACCCCACUCCUGUCUCUUGAGAAUGAGCAAGUCUUAUCUCUAUAGUACCAUCUUUUGUAACAGACCACCAGCAGUAACUGUAGUUUGUGCUUUGAGAUACAACAGCAAACUACAGCUAGCACAAACAAUUGUUUGAUUUCCUUCUCUGGAAGCCCCUUGCAAAGUUUAUGUGAUGACUUAGGUCUGGUUUGGACAGUUUUUGCCCAUUCUCAGUCUUCGUGCUGCUCCUUCUGUCCUCCCUUCAUACACUGUAAUAAGCCAACAAAUCUUCCAUUGAUCAUAGUUUCUAGUUAGGUCAAAACUAGGAAACCAUGGUUACUAGAUGUGAACAAGCCAGGAGCUUAAACAACAUUCUCUGUAUUUUAAUCAGUGCAUACCCAAAUUUGUUUAUCUGUAUUUGUUUGUUAGAUACGAAACCAGGCCUUCUCAGCUGUUCACUCUUUUAUGCUCGCCAAGUAAUGUUGGAUUUUCAGGCUGGCAAUGAACACGAAGCACCUCUGCCUAUAAUUUUUCUUCCACAGUGGUUAUUUGACUGGAUUACAUUUCCAAUUGAAAACUCUACAGCCAUUUACUGUGCAAGCCAGUGCCUCUUCUUUCAUUAGUAGUCCCAACACUAUUUUCUUUCCCUCCUUAAGCCAUGUUUCUCAUACUUGCAUUUCAUGAAUGAGAAAUCUCUAUAUAUUAAGUAUAUAAUAUUCUAGUCAUUUGCUGCUUAAAGAUUCUUUAUUUUAAACAUAUAUAUAUAUAUAUAUAUAUAUAUAUAUCUAAGGUUAUACCAUUUUAAAGCUAUUUUCAAGUCUGUCCUUGUAGAUAGAUGUGUGUUAUGGUAUACAGUGACAAUGAAAUACUGUGAGUAUAGUAUAUGACACAAAGGAAAAACAGCUCUGUAACAAUUGAGACUUUGGGAGUUUAUUUCCCCUACCAACGGGCACAGUUAGUUUGACAUUGCAUUUAUCAUUUUCCUAAUGUAGUGCAAUGUUUUUUCUCUGAGCCAAGUCAUUUCCUCUUGAAUUUUGAGAUAGAUUUCCCCCAGAGAUUAGUUCCCCAGUCUUCAGAUGGGAUUCCGAUCUACCCAACUUUGGGCGCAAGGAGCAGAGCUGAAGGAACAUGGCUGCUGAUAAUACCACAUACUAAUUUUAUGCAGUAUUUUAGCUACUGAGGGCAUGUUCAAUUGCUCAUUCCAGGACUAUAUCCAUAGUGAGUUUGGGUUUUAACCGCAGCCUCACGUUCCCCCUUUUUCUUACCCUUCUCCCUUAUUGUGGGUAGAAUGUCACAGGUGAAGCUUGAGAUUUUGUGUUGAUUUGACAGCACAUGAUUACUUAAUGCAUCCUGAGCAUAAUCCUUUGGGUAAGCUUGGACUAUGAUAAAUCUUCAGCAUGGUAAACAGAUAUGGCAUUAAUUGGGAUGUGUUAUUUUUUUUCUAUCUUUCACAGAAGUUCCAUCCAUUACAGCAAAUGAUAAAGAAACCUACCAGUUUUGCUCAGAAGGGGAAAUACUGAUUUGCUUCAUUAACAUGGUGGGUGGGUGGUGUAUGUGUGUUUGUGUGGGGGGGGGGGAAGGGAUAGGGAGAAAGAACAGGGCAUGAGAUACUUUUUCAUGUAUGAAUUACCUUGAGUUUUUAUUACUCCAGAAUUGCGUGAAUCAAACCAGGUGACUAGGGCUGCAGUUUACCCAGAUAAGUAACCUUGUCUGUAAGUGAUGGCCAAAGUCUUUGUAUCUACUCUACCAUGUUAUGCUUAAAACGUUAAUCAGAAAUUUCAUAUCCAGGUUUGACACCAUUUCAGAUUUAUAGCCAUAAGAUUUAGGGAGCAAUUUUACAAUACUGACCUUCUGUUCCAUUUUACUGCAUUUGGAGAAAAGAACAGGAAAUUUGUCACAGUCCCCCCCCCCAUUGUUGUUAACAGAGUGGCUGGCACAUUUGUAAUGCAACAGCAAGGUCAUUUUUGAAUCUGCAUUCUCCAUAAUAUUUAGAUGGGUCCAACUCCAAGUCAUCUAAGCUGGUGUGUUUGCUGGGAGCUUUUAUGAGCCUCAUGCCAUUCCUGCUGUGGAAUAUGACCUAUUUUCAUCGGUAGUCGGAGAGUGUAAGAGGCCAGCUGCAAGCAUACCCUGCAAAAAUGAUUAGCCAAUAAUGGUGCACUGGGGUGUAAAAGAGCAGUUGUAAUAACAGAUUACUCCAUUAUGCUUCAUCGUUGGCUGAAUAAGGGCCUGGGUGAAUGAAGAGUAAUUUUCCUCUUUAACUUUAGGGGUUCAAAAUACCUUUUUUUAAUAGAAAAAGUAACCCUAUGAAAUUUAGGAGGCAUACAAGAAAAUUUCUGUAGUAAAAGUAAUUUCUGAAAAGCAGUCUGGGCCCAUUUCUGUCUGUUUUCCUUUUCUAAAGCGCUAGGCAUACAUCAUUAGUUGUGUUCUGUGGACAAUUGUUUUGUAAACUUGUAGAGAUUUGUUGCUGUAAAUAAGCAAAAUAAUUUAAAAUGUGAAUAUCCAGACUUAUAAGAUUAUAUAUAGCAAAAACCAUCAGAGUACAACACAUUCCCACAUUAGUAAAAGCAUCUUAACAGUUUAAUUGGAGAACAGUAUAAUGCACACAUACAAUCACUUUGUGGAAACAUCACUAAAAGGUUGAGGUGACCAAGUUGAGGUGACCUUGUACCACCUGUGUGGUAAUACUGCUGUUCCCAAGCCCUAUAGAACAAGCCUAGAAGAAAUUAGAUAUAUUUAUAUCCUGUUGACAUUAGUGUUACUCAAAUUAGCUGUCGCUAACUUGUCCCAUUUACUCUUAAAUGCAGCUAACUUUUCUUGGAUUGGAUAAGUCACAAUUUUAUUUUAGGUUGCUGCUUCUCAUACUAAUCUGAUCUUCCUGGUGGCCUUCCCCUCCCCAUCUUAAAAUGUUCAUCUAGGUCAGUUGUCAGACUUUGUUGAGCAUGAUCCACUAUACGUAAAUAAUAUGUUAAUGGAUAAUCCAUAGCACUUUAAUUAAAUUUGUCUUUGUAACAAUGCAAUCUGCACACACUGAGAGAAAACUAUAUUUCAGAAAUGGCAGUUAAUACGAUAUUUGUGCAAGGCGAACUGGAGUCAAGAACCAUCAGUGGGUUAUUUUGAAGGAAUUUUCUCUGAUAUUUGUGGAUGUGAAUCUAAAAGGGGGAGUAAGCCAUAGUUUCCCCCAUAGCAGGUUAUCCAAUUCACUUCAAAGAUCCAUCUCCGCAACAGAUUUCAGAGGAACAGGGUGGGGACUGAAGGUCUACCAGCAAAAAGUGCAUGAAGGAGACAAGUCCUCUGCACAUUACGGAUCUAACCAAACCGUCAAGUGAACUCAGAUUCCUGGUGCCCACCUCCUUCACCUCAGACAUACUUUUAAAGAGUGUAGCUGCAAAACAUUUAACCACUUUAGGAACAUAUCUUACAAAGUAGGCAUCAGGCACAGUUUUGAUUUAGCUUCCGUUUAUUGCCUCCAAACCAUUAAAAAAAAAUUAAGUUCUAUAAAGUUCUGUUGCAACCCACCCUGUGUCAGGGUCUGGCUGGAUGACAAGGAAUGGUGGGAAGUACCAGCCAGGGAAGUACCAGCUGGGGAAACCCCAGAGGAGGAAGGCUCAGAGCCGGAGGUUGGUGGUGGGACGCUGUGGAAAGGUCAGGGGAGAAGAUUGGGAGGAGGUGCCGGAUGCUGAAGGGGCAACAGGGUUUGGUGAGCAGGAAGAUCCUUUGACACGGAGCAGUUCAGAGGAUGAAGCAGAGGGUGGGGGUCAAAAGACUGCUGAAGAAUCCAGGGAAUCUCCCUCUCCUGCUGUAACAAGCUCCCUCCCUCCCUGGUCUCCAAGAAGGUGCAGGUUAAUGAGGAGAGCGGAACAGAGGUCAGAGGUGGGCAGACACGGAUUGAGAAACAUCCAGGUGAAGAGGAGUCUUAGAAAGGUUGGAAGACCUUCAGUUCUGGCAACUGCUCCAUAGGGGCAAGACCCACUGGGAAGUGUUGCUGAGUUGUAUGCAGUUUCCUUUAAUAAAAAAAUUAACUGACAAUGGAGCUCUGCUUCUUCGUGCUGACCUGCGUCUCAUUCCAGCCUUAGGGUGAAGGCAAGCAAUAAAUUGUAAUAAUAAUGCACUGUGUACAUUACUCAGGCUGUGUCAGAAAAUAUACAAUACUAUACUAUCAUAUCUAGAUGGGUCAUUGAGGCCAGCCUGUACAACUUGUGACCUACAAGCACAGCAGUCACAUUGUGUGAGUGGCCUGGGGUCAAGAAACUACUUCUGUUUGCUGGCUGCUGGCUGCUGCCUUGGUCAUAACUAGGUGGUGAAUCACGUGCUUACAUGUAGAAGACGGAAGGGUCAGUCCCUGGCAUCCCCACUUAAAAGGGUCCAGCCAGACCUGUAUGGCUGUAUAACUUAAAAUUUCUGUGCUUUUUGGUGCGUUUGUGGAUUUGUGUGUGGCUUAAUUUAACUCCUUAAAAGAAACCUCUUCUUUGAUCCUGAAUAAUUUUCCAUUAGCUGAAUGAAUGACUGGUUUAAAAUGAGAAUUUUCAAACAUAAUUUUAGGAAUACGUAAUGGGGGUUCUUCUCAAACUAAGCGAAAGGGACUCUGACAAUAUAUUUGAAUACUUGGCAUUAUUGACAUUUCUCAUUUUGGCAGUUUAGAUUACAGUUUGAAGGAACACAAAAAUAGCAAGAAGAUACUGCCAAAAGAAGGAAGAUAAUGUAAAGAAAUUGGCAACCUUUUAUCGAAUGUGGAAAAGCAAAUUUCUCACUUAACUGUAAAAUAAAACAAGUUGUACUUUAACAUGUCUAAAUGUGCUUCAUUUCUGUUUUCUACAAAUAAAAUAUGCUCAAAACAGAACAAAAGAUAGGAGACAUAGUUUGCACCUGAAAACAAAACUUAUAGCUGCUAUACUGUAGCUGUAAGUUCUUAAACAGAAUUUUCUGAUAUCUUACUAAAUUAUAACACUUACCAAGUCAUUUCUCCAUGCCAGCUAAUAGGACAAAUGGUUUUGAUUGGACAUGAUGCCUCUGUCUUGGUGUAACUUUGCCUACAUCAGGCUUCCUCAACCUCGGCCCUCCAGAUAUUUUGAGACUACAAUUCCCAUCAUCCCUGACCACUGGUCCUGCUAGCUAGGGAUCAUGGGAGUUGUAGGCUAAAAGCAUCUGGAGGGCCGAGGUUGAGGAAGCCUGGCCUACAUCUUACAACUAGGGAACAUGUAAUAACAGGCUAUGGGAGAGGCAGCUUGGAGUACAGUGCUGGCUUGUGCCACAGCCAGAGCAAUGGCACUCUUGCCAACAAAAUCCUCCUUGUGGCAUCCAAGCCAUAGGAUGCCCACAAUGCUAGAGCAACUAGGCCUCUAGAAUUUUAACUCCUUAGGGUUUUAUUCAAUUCUGUGUUUUAUUGUUUGUUUCAGUUAAUUGAGUUUUACAUUUGCUGACCAUCUUUGUCUCUCCAGUUUUAAAACUUGGUUUAGACCUGAGCAGGUGCUUUACUGUGUAAAACCAGCUAGCCAGUUGGAAAGGUAUGUUGUUAAUGUGGUGAUGGCUGCCCUGAUUAACGUAAACCCAUUAAUGUUUCUCCCCCCAUUUUCUUUUUCUAGAUCACUUCCCUUGUGACACUGCAGCUCCUCUCAUUAGUAGGCCACGAUGACCAGCUCAAUGGACCAAGAUACAAAUGCAGUGUUUCUCUAGAUUUUAUCAGAUCCAUUUCGAGGUAAGCUGCGUUCACGGCCUUCUUAUGCUACUUGAACAAAUUCUCAAAAUGGAAAUAUACAUAUAUAUAUAUAUAUAUAUAUAUAUAUAUAUAUAUAUAUAUAUUUCCCAGCCAUUCACAGGAAAGUGCAUCUUAGGAUGGCUGAGAGUGAAUAAAAACCGGCUGCAAAAUAAGUAAAUGAAAGUGAUUGUAAAUCUCGCAGUAAAGUGAAGUGAAUCAUGCACCAUUUGUGUGACCUACCAAGCAAAAUACAGCUCAGUAGCUGUGCCUGACAUGUGCUUGGCAAAACAACAAGCAGGCCAAAGGUGUAUUCCCCUCCUUAGCUCCAUGACAUGGCUGCCGGAAUAAAUUUAGCUUGGUGGGUCACACCUGCCAUAGGCCAGUGACCUUGUUGUAUUGCUGUAGGACUGCAACACCCACCAUGCUGGCUGGGGCUGAGGGAAGUUCCGAGUCCCAACAAUAUUUGGAGGGCCCCAGAUUCCUCAUUCUUGCUCUGGAGAAUCUAUUCAUGAUUUAUAUUGAGUUUGCUCAUUUGUUUGCAUUUACACAGAGCACUGCGGUUGUAACUGAUACUUUCUGUCCGGGGUGAUAACCCGGAGCCCAACAAUUUCUAGAGGUCACAAUAUCUAGUUAGCCACCUUGCUUUAUGGAAUGUCAUAAAAUAAUAAGGCAGGACCGUGUCUAAAGGACAUGGUAGUGUAAAUUAGGUAAGGGCAAUGACAGACAGAGGAAGUGAGCAGGAGAAGUAAAGGAAUGAAGGUCGGCAAAUGAAGUUUACAUUUCUUAGGCUUCAUUUCACUUACAGAUACCAACUAAGGGGUUGCUAAAGCGUCCCUCCAAGCAGAUGAAGCAGCUUUUCAAGGGAAAUAAGUAUCAAAAGGAUCCCCGCCACCACCCUUGUUUGAGACAAACCACGGCCCAUAUUCAUACAACACAACAAGACAUAGCAUGGCUAGUUUGAGCUGUGUGAGCACGAAAGUGGCAGGAGAUAGUGAAAUGAUUUAGGACAAACUGGCUUACCAUGAUGUUCAAAUGAGGAUGUAGGUUUUGCAGUGAUGGCAGUUACCCGUUACUUUUAUUUAUAAACUUAGAUUUCAUUUGGAGUGAAAACCUCUUUCCUCUGCGUCUGCUAAUAUUUUUCAUGCUGUACAAAGCUUAGGAAAUGUUGAGGCAGAAUGUUGUUUUCCUAGCCCUUUGCUUAUUUGUUGCCUGCCACAAAUGAUUAGUCCUUCCGCUCCAUUCAAAAUUAGCUUAGCUAAGAAUGAGAAAUUGUACAUAGAAAAAUCACCCGAUUUAUAUUAGUUUAGGGUUCACCAUUGUAAACCCUUUAAAUGUAGACUUGACUUUGAAGAAAAUAAAAGAGCAAGAUUUGCAUAAUGUUCAAUCAGAAUGCUCGAAUAUCUACUUUCCAAUAUGUUUUUAUUACUUCGAGAAUUCAUUUUUUAAAAUCAAAAUCCCAAAGGGUUUCAGAAACAAUGUUUAAAUGUCUUAUCCCAAAUUUAAAUUACCCACAAAUUGUAUUUAUACUGCAUCUCUUGGGUACUUCAUUAAGUAGGGAUAUCCUUGGAUUGUCCUUAGUCUAUGGUUGGAUUUUGUUUCCUGUUUUGGAAGCAAGAGAUUAAAACCAUUUUGAAUCACAUCUUGUAAAUAGGUAACAGUGGUUUUCUUUUUGCAAUAGCAAAGCAGAGUGAAGCAGAAAGGCUGUCCUGUUUGGACUGAGGGAAAGGUAGUGGAUGCGUAGAAAGGGUUAAAAAAAGGAGCAAUGAUCUGUUUAUGGGAAAUCAUCUUAUAUUGAAAUUACUAGUUAAGUUUCUAGAUCAUUGACUGUUUUCUCUUUCUCUUAGCAAUGGUCAAGGGUGAUGGUCUAACCACAUUGGAGGGCCAUAGGUUUCUCCACUGUGCCAUAGAGGCUUUCUAUUAUUUUAUCUCCUAACAUACCCUUCAUUCUGCUGUACCAGUUCCUUGGAAACAGAAGGGCUCCUCCAGUAGCUUAUACUUUUCACUGUCUGUGGAGGGGUCAGUCCUGAAUAGGUGCAGCUGUACUCUCCACUGAUGUAAAUUGGAAAGUGUACAACUGCUUUGUAGUAGAUCCUUUAAGGCUAUGUCCUGAUUCAAAACUGUGACUACAUGGAGAGUCGUUUUUCUUUCAUUUUUUAAAUGAACUUCUGGAUUCUUAAUCCAGAAGUUCAGUGGGGAGUUGCUUCUCUUAUACAGUUAGGUUUCUCCUACACUAGUGCAAGUGACUAGCAUAUGAAAUAUCAGUUAAUUGGACAAAACAUCUUACGGAGUCAUUAUUGGUGCUAGUUAGGCCAAAUGAUUGAUUGUGGUGUUUGUGUAGCAAGCUUAACCUUUGCCAGUAAAUAUAGUUUUAAGCCUCUGUAAUGAAGGUCUAACAUGUUAACCAUGAGAUGGCAUUUAUCUUUAAAAUGUAUAAUGUGCUAAUUAAGUGCAUACCUUUUAAGUAUUGUAAUAGGCUAGAUAAUAUUUGACACUUCCAUGUGCUCUGUAUCAUACAGUACUUCCUUUGAGAUGAUGAAUAAAGGCAUGGAUUUGAAAAUUGUGUAUGAGCUGGACCCAACUCCCUUGGCAAAUAAGAGAUCCAAUUAGUCUUUAGAAUUCCAAUUUCAGUUACUUUAUGCAAAACGCAUUAUUUCUAAAAUUGUUUCAUUUUUGUCAUACCUUGUAAUUUUUCUCAUUUUUAUAUAAAAGGAAACCUCAGUGCAGGAAUGUUAAUACAAUACAUCAGAAUGUAUUUGGAAAGGAGGAAAAAUGAAUUCUGUGUUUUACUCCCUUGGUGUAUAAUUCUUUAUUCUAACAAAGCACAAAAAUACAUUCAAAUCUUCUGUCCUAUUGAGUAUUCUUGGAUUGUUCAAGUUUAGUUAAAAAGCAUGGGUCAACUACUGUCAAGAAAGAAAGAAUGCAGACUGCAAAUUAGUACAGAUGAAGGAGUUAUGCCAUACAUAAUGCUGAAACAGGUGGUUUGGACGAAUAACAGAAUGUUCAAUAGCAGAGAAGAUUGCCGCUUUGCAUUUCCAAGCAGUGUGCCAUGUUUACUAGAGUUGGUUUUUAAUUUUUUUAAAAAACCUCUCUUUUAUUCUUGAGCUAAAUUUGUUUUACAGCUUCAGUGCUGAGAAUGAGCAACUUUAAAUGUUUGAUAGUCUUUGAAAGCUGUGUAACGAGACGACUCAGGUGCAUUCAUUCAUUCAUCUGGGCCAAUGGUGUAGCAGCUGGGGCAAGUAGCUGCUGUAAACCACCAAAACAACAUACAAUCAAACCUUGGUUGUCGAACGUAAUCCUUUCUAGGAGGCCAUUCAGCUUCCGAAACAUUCAACAACCAAGGCGCGGCUUCUGAUUGGUUGCAAGAGCUUCCUGCGCUCAAGCGGAAGCCUCAUCAGAUGUUCGGCUUCCGAAAAACAUUCAAAAACUGGAGCAUUUACCAGAGCAUUUUUGGAGCCAUUCGGGAACCGAGGUUUGACUGUAUAUGAUCUGGAUGCAUCACAUAGAGGCUCAGAUGCAGAGAACCCUAAUUUGUGCAUUCCUUCCCCCUUCCUCCUUUCGUCCUCUUCUCUCUCCCUCCACCCUCAAAGCAUACAAUCAAGAUUACAAUAAAAGCAGCAUGGCAGCAGCUGUUCAUUAAAAGCAGUCAGUUCCCAAAAAAUUGUUGGAACAAGAAGGUCCUCACCUGCUGGUGGAAUGACGGCAAGCAACCAGUUCCUCCACUGUAGAAAAAGCAAUGCUAGAAAGAAAGUCUGUGAGCCUCGACCUCAGUGUUCCAACCUUUAAUAUUUUAGAACUAGGCCUUGUUACAUUCAGAAUUCAAACUUCGCAAUCUUACUACCAUGGAGGUCUCAGUUCAAAGGUGCACCAGGUGACUUGGCCAUUCCCAAAGAGGAGUAGAGAUUUAAGUAAACUGACAUACUAUGUUGUUUUACAGGACUGUGAACUUUGACAUCAUAAAGUACUUGUAUGACUUCCUGUGA